AUUCCUAAGAAUCUAAUAAACGCAACAAAAAGAUAUUUUAGCCAUUUUUACUGCCCAUCCUUCUUUUAAAAGACAACCCUGUCCGUGUUGGCUUCACUCAGUCACCCUGGACACAUGAAGCCGGUGAGGAACGUUUUACUUUCAGUCUGAGGAUAAAUCCAUGAGAAACGCAGAAGACAGAUGCUGGCACAGCGCCCACUGCAGUCUGCACACCACGCUCGGGUAAAAAUCACGCCUCACUGGCUCUGCCGUCUAAUUGGUUCCGGUGAAGCUGCCCUAAAGAGCUCACCUGCUUUAAUUGGACUAUCGCGACAAGUCGGUCCAAGUGACGUUGAUGAGGCUGGUCGUCCAUUACCAAUUGUCGUAGGAAUAUUUUAGGAGAGUAAUUGGGCACGAGGUAAGGACUGCAGCAGUGAAAACACGGUGGCGCGCGCUGCUCGACUCAGCAGACUGACAAGACAAGAGUGAGGGUUCAGCGGAGCAGCGAGCUCAGGCAUCCCAGCCUGUGGAUGAUGCAGGACAGAGGGAUCGAAGCGCAUCUACACAUUAUGGACCACGCGUAAAAGCAUCAGAAUCAGCAAAACUAACCAGAUGAACUGGGAGAGUCUGCUUCAGCUCUGAGAUCCUAAUCCAACAAGAGAGCAGGACUUUUUACGCGUGGAUAAAAACUCUGGAACCGACCAUUUUCCGACAGCAUUGAAGCUGUUCUUGAUUUUGCACUAGUAGAUCGUGCGCCCCUGCGUUUGGAGCCAUGGGCUGUACGGUGAGCGCCGAAGAUAAGGCGGCUGCGGAGAGGUCAAAGAUGAUCGACAAAAACCUCCGAGAGGACGGAGAGAAGGCAGCCAGAGAAGUCAAACUGCUCUUGUUAGGUAGGUGGCAGACAAAGUAAAAGAAAUACAUGUUACUCUCUCAAACCGAAAUUUUACCAAUCUGCCUAACACUCACGCAUAAAUAUUCUACAUAUAUUUAUCUUAGAGGAGAAUGAAUCCCUUGGACAUGAGAGGAAAUGAAGUUUAGACAUGAUCGAUCAUCAAAUCUUAAAAAAUCUCUACAUUAAUCUCCUCUUCUUCUACAAGAGCCAAGUCACUAUCAGUCAAAAUCAAACAGGCCCUGUCCAUACUUGUGUUUCUAUUAGUGACAAACAGCCUGUAAUUGUGUCAUUUAUUUCUAAUAACAAGUGUCCAGAUCCUUGUAUCAAAGUCAGAUAUCAUUAUUUCAACAGGCUGCACAGCAUCUCAGAUCUGUGGGCUGGCAUAGUGCCCAGAAAGCUUAAUUCAAUAUAUCAGACCUGUGGACUUCCACUAAACACUAACACAGUCACACUCCGGCACCAAUCUGCUCCACACAUCAGUCUGUUGUUUCAGAAAAUACAUCAGAUUCUUGUUCCAAUUUGUCUGCUGAAAACAGUGAUAAAGUCAGCUUUUUACUGAGUCGAUCCCGGAGCUGCAAAAACACACACACACAAUCCCUUUCUUCCUCUGCCUCUCACUCAUCAUGUACACACUGAGAACAAACACACACACCCGCCCACUCAGUGCCACUUUCUCACUUCCCCUCACAACCAAUUCAGAGGUAUUUGUUUGUCAUCAUCCUGCUCUAGAUUUUUCUCCUCAGUACAACUGAAACUCUAACCAGUAACUUGGUAAUAUCAAAAGCUAUAUUCAAAGAAGAGCAUCUAGUGUUGAGAUGGAAAGAUACCAAACUGUUUCUCACACUCACGCAUUAAUCAGGCGUCAUUUGUAUGAAUUAACAUUGAUUAUGCUCAGAAAAAAAAGAGAGCAAAAGAUUCAAUAGUUGGAGGUAACAGUGUCUCUGAAAUGGACCAUCCUCAAGGGGAAAGUUUUAUAUAUCACUGUACAAACAGCGCAUAAAACUGGACAUCAGAGGAUCAAUUUUCAAGUUUUAAUUAGCAGGAAACCUCUCAGUUCGUUUUCCACUGGGAGGGGGGUUAUUAAUGGAUGUCUACUCCAAGGCCUCUUGACUCAGUUCACACAGCUUCAACCAUUCAAGGCUGAUCUGACGGGUAAUUUUCCUAGAAAGAAAAGCUUCAGUUGCAGCUGUCUGGUCCUCCAGGAGAGAAAAUACACCUCUUAGCUUGUUUAAUACUCAAGAGAAAGCUGAUUCAGGACAUCAGCAGCCAUCUUGGCUGUUUACAAAAUCACCUAAAAAGCACCAAACCCUGUAUCAGGUAAAACAGCUGUGACUGGCACAGGUUUGCAAGAUUUCUCUCUGAACAGGAGGAGGACUGCACACAUCUGCAUGCACAAAUAAAACAUGAGCUGAAGAUCAGUCUGGCUCUUGGACUAGCACACGUGUAAAUAAUGAAUUAAAUCAUGGUUGAAGUCCGUGUCACGCUGUCACAGCUCACUGGGACAUGAUUAAUGUAGUAAAAUGUUUUUUUUAUUUAUUUAUUUAUUUUAGUAAGGCUGGACAAAGGGUCAGUCAUUACACAAAGAAUAUCUGCUACAAAUGUUUCUCUGUUCAAAAGUAUAAAUACGAUUUCUCUCAAACUUGACCUCUGGAAAAACUUGAUUUUUAACUCAGCAAAAAUUAAAAUCCUAAACGGAGAAAAAAAAAGAGGAAAACAGAGAUUUGGGCAGCCGACGGCAGAUUGUGCGCAGGAAAGAAGGAAGGGAUGUUGUUGUUGUUGCUGGUAUGCGUGAUUCUAGUUGGCUACCCACCAAACAUCGGACGUCGAAGAGACGUGCAGAUUAAGUCAGUAUUGGGUCGGUCCGUUAAAGACAGCAUCUAGACGUCAGUGUGACGUGCAAAAUAGGUUAGAAAUUUCGACGUCCAAAUUGGACCAUUUUAGACGUCGCUCUGACGUUUAGAAUUUCGGCAAAAUAGAUCCAAGAUUUAGACGUCAUUAUUGGACCUCUUUUAGACGUUGAAAUGACGUCCACAUUUGUACCUCAUCGUUGAAAAAUGCGUUCAAUAGAUGUCAUUAUGAUGUCGCAUUGCGCAGUGGGUAAUGUGGGCUUGUGCUUCUCGCCACACUGCUACCCACGUUUGAUAUGCUUUUGACGGCAUAUAUACAUGAGUUUGUGUAUAUAUGCCGUUGUGUAACUUUUGUGAAAACGUAGUGAUGUGCAUGCAGUUUUUUUUUUUUUUUUGUAAAUGGAGAGGGUGAAAUGUCCGUUUAUGAAAAUAGCAGGGCACGUGUAAACGAAGUCUUAAUGAGUCAACACACUGAGAUGAGGAAAUUCCUUCCACAUGUGAACAUCCAAUCACUUUCCACUUAUGUAGAGGAAGCUGACAGUAGAGGAUGGGCACAUGACUGCGGUCAGAUCCAAUGAUAUAGCACAGAGCAAUGUAAGCACGUUCAGCCUGUGGGCACCUCGAUAAAAGGUUGAGUGGUGUCAUAUCAGAUCUUGCUUCCUUCUGAUGUUACUCCCCUCUUAGAAUUGAACACAAUCACUGACUGCAGAUUUACUGUAGUGUCAUGUUAAGUAAAACACUGUUGUCUUCAGCACCCCAGCUCUUUGACUUUAAGGUCGAACUGACAGCACGGAGACACCAUCAUAAUUGUAUUUGUUUGGUCUGUUUAUGUGAGGAAACAAAAUUGCUCUGACAAAGAGAAAACGAACGCUUGAUGGUGGGCACUGGAGCAAGAGAAGAGAGCACCGAACGUUGUAAUGGGUUUACAGCAUUCAUCUGAGUGCUUUCCUGUUUUGUUUUUUAUCAUGAGUUCUGAGAGGAACUAAAAAGCCUGGUUCCUUUUUUUUGCCAACUGUGUGAGCUACCCACAACAAUAUUGUCACAUAACUUCUAGGCUCUUUAUCUCGGUUUGUUGAACAUGUUACGGAGUAGACUUCAGAUGGACAGACAGGAUCAAGUAAUAAAAGGAAGAACAGGUUGACAAGCUUCUUAUUGAGUUGCUUUCACACAUAAAAGGACGUAGCAUGCCUCUAACUGACUGCACUGAUCCUUAGAUGCAUAUUUUAUCACACGCAAAACCGAACAGGACAAUAACUCUCCCCUGAUGUCUCUCUGAUUGCACCGUGUUGCACCAUCUUGGAGAGUUUUCAGCGUAACCAUCUGACUGGGUGGUAUGUCUCCAUCAUCAGAGAUUAAACCAGAAACAAAAUCUCGUGUUGCAUAAAUCAGUGAUGCAACAUCACAGGAAGUGAGGGUCAUUAGUGCUUUGCAUUCUGUACACACAGACGCAAAGUCAUGCAUGUAUGCAACGAUGGGAGAUUCAGAGACAUCAGGGUUUCUUGGAUUAGCUGCUCAAAGGGUGUCAGUUUGGACAUACUUGAAACUCUGAGAUUUCUGGUGUAGCUUUUGGUCAGCCGCAGAAAACUUCCAACCAAGACUUCCUCUUCAGUAUGUUGCAGUGUUCAGCGUGUUCAAAUCAAAAUUUAAGUGACAUUUGCUUUUCCAGAUACGCUUGCAAAAUAAAUGCUACCACUUCUGAUGCUGCGUUCCAGUUACCUCGGGAGUCGGAUGUCAGAGCUUGGAAUGACGUUACACCCGAGUCGACGGCGUUCCAGUUAACAAGUCGGAAAACCAAGAUGGACACCUACUGUUAGCCGUUGUUAGCUGUUGUUAGCAGUUGUUCGUUGUUCUUAACGAUACCAGUUGUAAACAACGCAUAACAUGGUAUUUUACUGUUACAAACACCGUAGCACCGUGUUCACAGGUAGACGUUGGGCAGUACAACAUAUACCACUUGUUUAAUUUCACAAAAACAAAACAGAUGUGGUAAUAAAUGAUCAAUUACGAGACCUUUCUCUGUUACUCUUUACUGUUGAUGCGCUGCGCUGCCAUCUUAAAUUAUGACGUUGUCGUUAAGUCGAGGUUGGCGAGGAUCGUCCGACUUUCCAAAUCCGAAAUCUGACUUCGGAGGGUGUUCCAGAUGAAUUUUCGACUUGGAGCUCGGAAAUCCCGACUUCCAAGUACAACUUGAAUGCAGCAUUAGUUUACCCUAUCCCCCUGGGGUACCCAUCUUUAUCUGUUUCUAGUGAGUCUCAGUUUUACUGUAAGUAAUAUGAUUUACAAAGGCUUUACUCUAACUUACUUCGCCUAAAAGAUGAAACUGAUUUUACUGUGAUUUAUUCGCACUGAACAGGUUUUAAGUUUGUGUGGAAAAUAACAACUAGGAUGGAUGCAGUAGAUGUGUAAUGAUUAUUUUAAAAUUUUGUGCAUUAGAUUAGAUUAGAUCAGAUUAGAUUAGAUAGAACUUAAUUGUUUCUUUUGCGAGGUUCCCACAGGAUGGGAGCAGGUCAAAUAAAACUAUAAAAUGCAAAUGACCCUUGUAGUACACACAGUUUUUACAGAAAAUCAGAAAUAGUAGUCGGUUGCACAUACAGUCCUUCUAUCUUGCAUGCAAACCCACAGGGAAUUUCACCAGCAUUUGCAGCCUGACAGGGGAAACCCAGGGUGAAUUAAAGUCCCAAACCUGCACACUACUGCUGCUGCUGCCAAAGUUUUGUAGCUUUCCCCCCUGAAUUCUUGUGGCUCAGAUCUGUAAUUUUAAUGAUUAAAUCAGAUCAAAUUAAAGUGACUAAAGGAUUUUGAUCAUUCAUUGAAGGGCCCAACCUGAUCUCAAACAAAUCUUUACAUACUUAUACAGAAAUUACCAAGUUGUGAAUUUUAAAGAGAGGAACGCUUCAAGGCCUUUAUUAGUGCAAGAAUAUCCAUUUCAGACUGAAGUUUUACUUUAUUGGAAGCGAUGCAACAAUAUUCAUACUUGCAAAGAAGCUGAAAGUAUGUUAAGACAAUAAAUUAUUCAGACAGAGCAUGUUUUAUGAUGUUUUGUUUGCUGUUAUCUGCCACAUUAGUCAUAUCGCACAGUUUCAGGAGGAAACUUUGAAUUUCACAAGUGAAAGCAUCCUUAAAAGUAAGCUGCGCCUCUGUCUGAGUCACUUAUUUUAUUAUCUCGCUUUUUUCAUUCAAAAGUGUUAACUGAGGAUAUGCUUUUAUUUUUUUGUAAACUUAAAUCUUUGAACCACCCUUAAAUAAGCCUCAACCGUAGCUUAUCUCCGACUCCCGCCCGAGGCAGACGCGAUAAUAAUAGUGCCGCACAGACGUGACUCACUGCACAUGACAGAGAGGAGGACUGAGGGUGAGACUGUCCAUCCAGAGAUGACACCCACAAACUGAAACAAUAUACUUAUGUUGUGUUAGUCAUGUCUCCGCUGAAAACCACUAAACUCUGAGUAAGUGCUGGUUUAUCUAUCUGCUGAUUCAGCGAAUAAUGGAACCUCGCUGUUGUCACUGUGAGGAUGCAAGCUGUUUCUUUGGUUUAGAUUUUGUUUCUCCACAGAUAUUGUAACCGACUGUUUUUAAGCGAGCACUUCUGGGUGAUUAAAGUGAACAAUGAAUCACCUGAUAAAGACUAUCUUUGUUGCAGCUUAAAAGAGUGACCUUUAUUUUCUUAAUGAGGCAGCUUGGCUCAGGGUCAGGGAAGACUAAUGUGCAGGUGCAAGAGGCACAUCUGUGAGGCUUUGUGUGUAUCAGCGCGUCUGCCAAUUAAAUACUCUCUAAUCUUUAUUUCGGGAUGUUCAGUUUUUGUUCUAGUUGUUUUCUUUCUUUGCAGAAGUGAGAGUUAUUUCUGAAGAUAGUGUGUUGAGAUAAAAGGCUGGAGGAGACAUUGUUAAAAGGAGGUGUACAAAAGGACUGUGCAGUAAAUGAGCGCAAAUCAAACUCUGAAAGCAGCAUGAAAACAUGAUGCAUAUAAGGCAAUUAACUUGGAGUUGAAGUGGAGGCAUGUUAAAUAUUCAUGCUCUUCACAGAUUUAAUGUCACUCUGUGGUUGUUCACACUAAUGUUUUCAUGUUAUUUAUGACUUAGUUUGUGUUUCACACCACCGCUGCAUUUUGCUUCAUCAAAACAUCAAAUUUUAAUCACAUUCAGGGCUUUUUUUUUUUUUUUUUCAAACUCUAAAUCCUGGAUUUCUGUUCAGACUUAGACUGUAAAUAUGAUGGCAUUGUCAAGUGGAUAAACUACCUGUUAACAGUAGACAUGUCUAUUCAGUAUAUAGAAGGGGCUUCCUGUUACAAUAUUGAUAUCGGAUAUUGGUCCAAUAUCAGCAAAAAAACAAAUAUCGGAUCAUGUCUCUCGCAUCUAAAAUCUCCGAUACAAGCAGCCCAUUCCAGACUCCGCACCGGCACCUCUAUCUAGCAGCGCCCUGAUCCAGCAAGCUGAGCCCAAGUAAUCACAACAACAGUGUGUACUAAGGUACGAACAAAGUAGCAAGGAGUAGGAGCGAUGUCGGCCUUGUCCAAACAAGAUGUUGCAGCUGAGUGCAAAACUUGUCAUGCACAUUUUUGUGCCAAUAUUGGAUCAAUAUUGGUAUAAGCCUAUAUUGAAGGCUACAAUAUCUGUAUUAUAUCGGAAGUAAAAAAGUUGUAUUGGGACACCCCAAGUAUAUAGAGGGCAGGGAAUAAUCAUAAACAUUUUAAUUAUUGUGGUUCAACCAAGCAACAACCUUUGAUGUUAAAAUAUUGAGCUGAUGUGGAGGUACAAUAAAACUGCAGUUCCUUGAGUGUCCACUUGAGGCUGGAACCAAAAGCUCAAAGGACCUUAAGUACCCAAAUUUACAUCAGGGAUAAAACUGUUCAUACCCUGGUAUUUUUAAAAAAGCUUCAAGUUUUGUAUAAUUUGGUACAAUUACAAUUACAGACAGGUGGGCGCACAAUAUUAACCAGGUAGCAAAAAGCUCGCCUUAACUCGGCCUCUUUACCUUUCGACAGAACUUAUGUCCAUGUUUCAUACGCUCUGACUGUGGCUGCACAAAUUUAAAGACCUAUUUCAUGUUGGUUAUCAUUUCAUAAACCCUACAAUCAAGGUUUGACUUAUAUUUAAUUUCCGGGCCGAUGCUGAUAUUACAAUACGAGUAUAACUAGUAUUUGAACAGAUAAGCAUUUACAGUAAAAAUAAAAAGCUUUCCAUCAGAAUGUAGAAGUUGAAAACUAUCAGAUGAGAUGGAGUGAAAACAGACCCAGAGGAAAAGACACACCUGAAGUAGAGCCAAUUGACAAAAUGAAUCACUGAGUUAUCCGAGGAAUGCUAUAUCUCAGCCGUGAUAGUUGAUCAGGUUGGACUAUCACUGAACACCCUAUAGUGCUUCAGAUUAGUCAAGUGUUUCUCAUUGAGUGUGAAAUCUUUAAUAUCCUGUAAUUGAAAGUCUGUCGUUCCUGUGACUGAUUUUCAAAUAUUGCUUUUGGGGGAUUCUUCAGCCGGUUCCACGCUCUCUAUCUGUUCAUAGUUUAUCAUUUACAGUGAAGUAUGAGCCGAAAUGAAUUUAAAAAAAAACCUGCAGGGAUUAAUGUGAUUUUAUACGAAGUUAUACAAAUUUUCUGCAUAUUUUCUUGCUGCCAGGGGAAAAAAUGUAUCUGCUCACUUUGCGAUACCUGCAGUUGUUAUCCAGCAGUUUCUCGCAGCCUUUGAAGUUUUAAUUAACUCGGAUUUUCUAACAGCACACAAAUAUAUAUAUAUGCACAAUAACAGUCCACUCUCAAUCUCCUGCUCCUCCGUGCUGGGCAGAUGACCAACCCGAUCCUCUCCCAUCUUUCAUUUUCCCAUCACAUUUCCAUUACCAGCUCCAUUUAUAAUUUAGUAUAUUUUUUCUCUUUCUAUCCUCCUCCCUUCAUUCCUCAUUUCUUAUAGAAGGUAAAGAGAGAAAGCAUUGAAGGCUUGUUACAUCCGAUACUCAUCAAGAUAUUACCUGUAAAAUUUGUACUUAAACUUAACUAAACUGCGAUUGUUUAUCACCAAUCAGGAAUUCCUACCAGCAACAGCAUAGAUGUGGAUUUUCCAGAUGUGUUAACUCACAGCAGAUCAAUGUGAAUCAUUACAUAAACUGUGAGAAUGUGAGGAUGUUUGUGAUUAAGUAAUGUCAGGGGUAUUUGGAGCCACAUUUGAAUCUCUCAACGGAAAAUCAGAUAUCUCUCAAAAGUAGCUUCGUGCAAAGAGGUGUUUUAAAGUUUGUGUCCUGAUGAACACAUUUGUCAUUAAAUGUACAGGCAAUUGUGAGAUCUUUAAAUGAUGUAUUGCUAAUGAUCCAAAAACAGACAGAAAGGUCUUUACAAAUACUUGCAAAAAUGGAAAUGGUUACAUAGGGUAAACAUACGUCCUCUUUUACUCGGACAUGUCCUGCCUGUCCAGGGGGAGUUUAAAAUAUCCUUCAAAUGUCCAGGGUUUUGUAUGUAAGUUUUGAGUUUGUGUAGCAUGUACCAACUAAGUGAGAACUUAAGCUCGUAAAAAACACUCGACCCAACCCAAAAUCCCUCAAAAUUUUGCGUGCGACUCCGUCUUGCAUAGUCGUGUCCUCUUUUGGGGGAUUCAGAAUACAGUCACCCUCAGUUACAGAGGAAAAAAAAAUCUGAAUCAGGAGGUUGAACCUGGAAUUUUCAACCUGAAGGAGAAGCCUCAGCAACUCUGACACUGUACUAGCUUUAACCUGAGGUCUAGUUUUAGACAUUGAGCACAGACAUUUUACCAAGACAUUACUCCUUACUAUAAAAAAAGAAAAGAGAUGUGCAGCAGGAAUUUAAACAACAUGAUGAAACAGGAUCAGAUUUCAGCACACUCUGGAAACAGGCACAAGUCAAUAAUUGCAGACAUUUGAAAGGCCCUUUAAAGUCAGGGAGAUUGCUCAAAAUGUCACUGCAAUCAGAAUCAUCUUUUAACCUUUCCCCAGAUAUUACUGUGUUCCUCAUUACCCAGAUUUAAUCAGUGGAACAAUAAAAAACUCCUGCAGAUAGAAACACAAAUGUCCCCUCGUGUCUUUGGGUUGUUAAUGCCUCCUUGAUUGGUCACCAGACAGGUCCUUGUAGGGCUGAGCGAUAUGGCCUCAAAUCAAUAUCAUGAUAUAUUGAGCAGUUCACCUCGAUAACAAUAAAUGGAUGAUAACUACUCCACAAGCUCUACUUUGGCCCCCGCUCCAGCAGCUACAACUUUUGAACCGUCAUCCAUCUCCUCACCUUUCUUUCCCUCUUUGUUUCGGACUGGAUGGGGUGGAGUCACGUCUGUGACAUAGGACAUGAGACCAUAGCCUACCUGCACACAUCCAAAACUAACUUUUAUUUAUUACUUUUUUGGACACCAAAUAUACCGAUAUGGGCAAAAUGACGUUGGUUAUUGUCAUAAAUUUCAGUAUCGGUAAAUUUACAUCACAUACUGGUGACUUAGCUGGUUUAUUAUGGAUUUCUAUCAUGUCACACACUCCUAACUAUGCUAAAUGACAUGAUUAUGGUUUGACCAGUAAUAGAUAAAACCCCCAUAUUCUGCUGAAAGUGUACAAACAGAUAAAAUGGUACGGAUGGAGAACGAUUUGUGAACACAGUGUGUGCAGUGAAAGCAUCAUUUAGCAGCAGUAGAAAAAAAACACAGGUGGAGCUCAUUUAGAAAACGAGGCGUCAUUCCAUUAAGUAUUCUGGUCAUGAAUGUCAUCAGCAGCACCUGUGAUUUUCCUGGUGGACAGAAAUAUUUCAGGUCUGUUAAUGAAGAUCAAAAGUCCAAUUAAAAAGGCAAAUCAGGAGCAGGGACAGAGAAGCUUCCAUUUGUGCUAAUCGGGCUUUGUUUGGUUAAAACAAUGUCGUAAAAACUGAGAAAAUAGUCUGAACAGUUAAGGCAACAGAUAAUUUGUUGGCUCAUUGUUGCUGGGUACAGAUAUUUUGACCUGAGCAAGAGGCAGAAGAUCUUCAUAAUGCACCCUAAAUUAAGGCUUGAGUAUUUUUAGUUUUUAGUAAAGGUGCAAACAUUAGUUGUUGAUCAAUAAGUGUUUUUUCAGUGUUGAAGAGCAGAAAAUAUUCCGAGUUCUGCUGCCUCACCUUAAAACACCUGCAGUUUGAAGAGAUACUCGAUGUUUUAGACUUCUAAAGACUUGGCAGCUCUCUACCUUUCUCUCUUGACAUGUUUUGAGGAGCAGUUAGCUUACACCACCUACAUUACCUGCUGCUGAAGUGUUUGAAAAUCCACCCCUCGGAGUAUAUCUACAGGCUAGUCUUUCUGGUCUAAAUAUGGCUCUGCAGAUGCCACACACUUUUCAGUAUAUACCUGAUUGGCCCUGAUACAAAGUGUCAAGUCGAAGCUCCUUGUUCUAACAUUGAAAAUCUCACAUAUCGAUUCCGGUGCAACUUGAUUCCUGGCAAAGCUCUGGACUUCCCUCCACACACAUAUUCAGACCAUCAUAAAAUAUACAAUAGUUUAACCACUUCAAUAUCGCAGCCUGUACCGACCAGUAAAACACCAGUAUGUUGGACUGCAAGUCAUAUCCAUGUUUGCAGGUUAAGUAAAGUAAAUUUAACGCCAGUUUUCACGUCAUGAUUCAAAUCACAGACAGAAAGUAAUGAGUUAAAUGAAAAAAGUUUACACUCUAGCAGCUUAUAUCGUUGCUAUGUGAUUACUGUAAAUUUAAGUGAGAGUAUUUUUAUGGUAAACCUCUCAGACAGAGUACCGUUAUGGCUCUAGUGAGUGUAUUGAAUUUGUUGAAUGAAGUUAAAACAGUCAUAAAGGCUCAGCGAUUCUGGCUCACAAAGAUAAACCAUUCUGGUCUCCCUUCCACUCUGCCUGGUUGCCAUGGUUAUUUUCCUACUGAGUGUAUCCUUAAUGCAUGUUUUAUACUCUCCAUUCUUCAUGGAUAGCAGUCAAUGAAAUGGUUCCAGUGAUCAUAUUUUUACCGUGGUGUUCGAACAAAACAAAAAGGUUAACACAGAUGUGGUAACAGAUGGGUUUAAAUUGCCACUGAGAAGUUGGCCUCUAUUAAACAGGCUCAUGAUGUUUUCAGUGGAUGGACCGUCUCUCCCACUCCCUCUGAUAAAAAAAGAGCACUUUUACAAAAUGUCUAUCAAAACAAAAAGGCUUCAGUACUCAAAAUUCAGACUCUCAAAGGAGCAACAGGUUAUACCAACAAAUCCUCGUACCUUUGGUAAAUUUGAGAGAGUUUAAAAUAUUUAGCACCUCCUGACCUUGAAUGCUUUUUACCGUCACAGGGUUGCACCUACACCUCAGAUAAUGUCCCGAUAUUUUAGAGAUUAUUGAAGUAAAGCCAUGUCAGUUAAUGACGCCUGGUAUUUCACAGUGUUAAUUUGAUAGAAAGGCAUGUUCUACCUACCGAAGAGGAUUGGGGCCGCAAGACGAGAAAAAAAUUAAUAACAGAAGAGAGAUUUUUUUUAAUUUCCAUUUCAAGAUUAAUGUUGUAAUUUCAAGAUUAAAGUUGAAAUUUAAAAAAGUCAAAAUGCUGUAUGGCUUAAAUUUGUCGUAGCCAUCCAUGUGCCAGAGCGCAUUGGGUCUUCGGCUUCGGUAAUUCCUGCACCUCAGACUCUGGGCUCGUGUGUGCUCCACGCCCUCAGGAUCAAUCAGCUUGAUCAGUUGUCUUAUUGUAUCAUGCGAUACAACAUAGUCUCCCUGUAUAGCACGCAGGUGUAACCAUCGAUAAACCUGCAUCUGCAUUAUAAUCUUCGGCAUAGUCUUUUUAGAGUCCAAAUAUUUAAGACCACACUGUGUUUGUGUGCUAAAAGAGCAAGGAGUUCCUUAUCACUGAAUCCAACUCUAAAGUAAAGAUUUACAAACUCCUCUGCAGAAGACAUGUAGUCGAGUGAUAAUGCUGUUGAUUCAUUAUCAUUUAUCUCAACAUUAUGACUUUAUUCCUGAAAUUUCAUCUUUAUUUGCGUCGACUUUAAUCUCAUAAUUUUGACUUUUAUCUCGAAAUUUCAACUUCAAUCUCAAAAUUCGACUUUGACAUGAUUUCAAGUUUUAAUCUCAAAAUUUCGACUUUAAUCUCAUUCCUAUAAUUAUUAUUUUUUAUCUUCAUGUGGCCCUAAGCUGGAAAAAGCUAUUAAAAACUGUUUGAUGCCUAACACUUUAUGAGUCAAGAAAAUUGGUUGCAAACUUGUUUUUAUCCUCAACUGCAUGUGCGGUCAUCAGCAAAUAUUUGACGUGAAAGACAGCAGCUUUGGUUCCUGUUCAAAGAUAAGCAGUUAUUUUAACAGGAAAGAGCAAACUCGCCCUUUUUGGCCCUUUACUGUACAUUUAGCUUGGCACACUUAAUUAUACUUUGAAUUAUACUUUUAUUUAUCAUACCAUCUCACUAAAGGUAUUGCAGUUCAUUUUUCAUACAGCUUAAUAGUAACACAUAUCCCAUGAUUCACAUUGUAUUGAUAAUUCAUAUGGAUAACAGCGUUGCAGGGCCUGACUGCUCUCAUCUCAGCAGCUCAACAGUCCAUUAAAUUGCUUAUUGAUCUCCAACAUCACCACAUGCAGUCAGAUGAAAUUUAUACACACGAGAGGUCCAGCUUCCUAGAUUAAUGGAGAGGUCAAGUGAGUAGAUACUGUAAUAAAGUAGUAGCCUGAAUGGUGACUUCCUUGAGUAAAUCAGUUAGUUUAUGAACAUGUUCAUUUCCUGCUCCACUAGUGCACCCGAGGGAGACAGAUGCUAUCGAUUCAUUAGUGCUCUCAUUUUUCAAGAAAGUCUAGCAGAAGAACCUCCAUGGUAGCCCCUAUUGCAGGUAAGACAUCAUGUGAAGGUGAUGAAGGACCAUUUAGGGCACCUUUCACCUACACUGCAUGUCAUUUUACUGCUGAGUAAGCAACCACACAAAAUUGAUUUCAAUAGAAAAACUUCUGUGAGCUAGAUUAUACAAAGCAGUGAGUUGUUUUUUUAAUUAAAAUCAAAAAAUAUAUAGAAUAGAUGUAUAAUAUAUAAUAUAAUAGUGCAUUUAAAAGUUUAUAUACUGUUUUACUUUUUUCAUCAUUGUCGUAGUUUGGGGAGUUGCGAGCAUUCGUGAUUUUGGACUAAUGCUGCGUCCGAGUUACCUCGGAAGUCAGAUGUCUGAGCUGGGAACAAUGUCACACCCGGGUUACUAGCGUUUCAGUUACCAAGUCAGAAAAAAGCAAAAUUGGAGGCGGAAACAAGAUGGUUAAAUCUAUGAAAGUUAAUUUAGCACUUGCCUUGUCCUUGCUUAUAUUCAGACGAGGCAAGCGCUAAUAUAACUUUCGUAGAUUUAGCCAUCUUGUUUCCGCCUCCAAUUUUGCUUUCUUUCGACUUGCACUGGUAACUCUGAUGUGACAUCAUUCCCAGCUCGGACUUCUGACUUCCGAGGUAACUUGAACGCACCAAUAGUGCAUAAGCUUGGCUAACUGUUCCCCAAUGUCUCUUGUCAUUGCGCUGAACUAAGUUAAGCUAACCACUGUUGAUACUAGCUUCAUAUUUACAGCACAGGCAUGUGGUGAAUAUCUUUUUAGACAAACUCUAGGCAAGACUGAAAGUAAAAUUACUCAGAAACUGAUUUAGUGAACUGAUGUGUUAUCAGCACAAGUUGACAGUUAACCGUAGUCAGUAGCUAUAACUGUUGACUGUUUUUCAGUUUUGUUCAAACUGUGAAAAAACUUGUUGUCAAUGAGUUUGAGUUUGGGCACUAAGUUUGGUAAUGUUACCAUGGCAGCUCAUCCACACAUUAACAGUUUAUUUCACUGUAGCUCAGCAAGCUCAAACCAUGUUAUAUCAAAGUGUGGUCAUGUGUACCAGGUGGAGGUGGCCCAAUAUCCCAUCCUGCUCCCAGAACAUGAGCCAUCAGGUCAGCAGUACUGAAACACCUGAACACCUCAGGGCCACAUGGGAAUUACAUCGGAAAUUAUGUUACUUGGUGUGGGUCAUGCACUGUGUGCACAGCUUUUAUUUCCACAAUAGAAAAUACAUUCAUGCACAAAUACCUGCAGGGUUUGGAAUAUUGAACUAUUUUUGUAUGCAAGAUUUUACUUUUUUUUUUACAGUCCUCGAUCAAGGAAUAGAAAAGGCCAUGCAUACAUUUGUAGGCUAUUUUGUAUGCGUUAGCUCAUCCAAACCAUCUAAUUGCAGAAUUCCCAGGUAGCUUGAGCCCAAAUAAACACAGACACCAGAUCUCUCUUUACUUUGAGCUUAAUUCAAGUAAAUAACAGGUAAAAAAGCCCCAAUCCUACCCUAGCAAUCUGGUGUGCAAACAGAAUACAGACUGGGGUCCCUGUAGCACAGCAGUAACUGCCCAACACUUCUGAUGUCUCAUCUGUUUUCUGGAUGCAUAGAGUAGAAGCUGACAUGACGGUACGCAGAAACAUAGGGAGGUGAGAGAACGAGCAGAAUGACGGCAGAGCAAACACCAGCUGUUAGAACUGGAUUUGUGAGGGAUGGUUUUUCAGGCACAGAGGAUGGAUUAAGGCAGAUAUGAGAGUAAUAUUUAAACAGCAUGACUACAAUAUAGACUGCAUUCUUAUCCGAACAUCUGUUUUCUUGUAUUGGGUAGUUUGACUUUUGUCUUUUGAUUAUUUAUAUUUGUAAUUUUGAAGGUGUUAUGAAAUAUUAGCAAGGAGGAGCUCAAGUCUAUGAAAUUUAAGCACUGAAUGAAGUGAUAUUUAUCAGAACUUGAAGCUACUGAGACACUGGAAUUUGUGCGCUUCGAUAUGUCACUGUGCGUAUAUGUAUAUUAUUCAUAUCCAACUAAAAACAUAGACUUGUAAAAGGAAGUUUGCUUAUGGUAUUGGCAGGAAAAAAUGAAAGAAUUCCUCCAUUGUUGCUUUGAGCUGAAGUCAAAGAACUUGGAUUUCCCAGCCACAACCCUAACAACAACAUUUUUCUUUCAGAUUGUCUGCACACUUCUGCGCCGCACAGUGAGCUAUUCAGUCAAAUGUCAACAGGCAUUUCAAGCGUUGUUAUCUCUGAUCAAUAUGCAUUCACCAGAUUAGAGUUAUCCAUCAGGACUCUUGCACAGCUGAAUGCAUAUUGAUUUCGCUCCAAGUGAUCUCGGUGAUUGGUGUCUGUUCUGUGUGGGAUCUGAUUCUUCCGACAAUCUGUGACAUACAGUAAAGUGCGCAGUCAGAGCUGUCCUGAGUGGUUUGUGUGUUCACUUAUCAGUCAACAGUUAAACUCUAAAUGGGUGAAAAAAUGGGAGACUCUACAGUUUACAGUAUAUCAGCGUAUUUACCUCAGCUCUUCAGGGGUUCCACUCUUAUUGAUUGUUAUGUAUUACUGAUCACAUUUUUUUACUUUGUCAAAUAUGAGAAGGCUACUUGAAAUCUACCAAUACAAAAAACUGAGUCACUCAAAAAUUAAACUUUAAGGUCAGAUUUAAAAGAUUUUAAAUGCUAUUAAUGAAGUUCUUUACAGGAAGAAAGAAAGAGAUGAUUUUGAACACCCUGCAGAAACCGUGGACAGUCGCCACACUCAUGGCAUUAAUACACCAUGUUGGUUUUCACUGCCUGAAGUAAUAACAAGAGGCCUGUUAUGAAAGCAAAAUAAUACUUUACUACUCCUUUGAGCCAAGGAUGAGGAUAAUGACGGGCUCAAACAUGUGCAAAGCAAUAUGUAGGACAUUGAAGGGUAAAUGUCUGAAGUCACCUGAUAUCUCUAAAAGUCAAAUACUCAUGCAGGGGCAGAGAAAUUUUGCACUAAGCAGUUUAUCACCAACUAUUAAAACCAAAAGUUGGUUUCAAAGCUAAAAUCCUGUUGCUAAAACUUUGAUCAGGAGGUUCUUCAUUAAACAAACACAUUCCUGUAAGGGCUAAUGUGAGAAAGUGUUCAUGGGAAUCAGAAUCCUGACAGGAUAAGUCCCUGACCCCUGAUUUCCACCACAUCCAAAACGGCUAGGAAAAGGCUGUAUCCGCCGAUCGCAGCUGAUUGUUUCCAUUCAUGUCAAUGUGUCAAUUUCCGACGGCUUCUUUCCGUUCCGCUGCGGAUCGGCGGACUCCACAGCUGAUCGCAAGAGUUCUAUUUUUUACUUACGCAGCAGCAUGCCGCAUGAAUUCUGCACAGAUUAAUCCGUGCUGGAAAGGAAGUCGUGCUCAGACACAAAAUAAAACAUCCGUCUUCUUUUCAAAAUAAAACACUCGCGUUUCAGACGGAUCAUAUUUCACACCACUUCAAAUCAGGGGGGUUCACACAUUCAGAAAAGCAAGCCCAAAUAAGCAACUACUAGUUAAAAACAAGCCCUAAAAAAGUUUUACAAGUGACUUCUGAGAGAAACAGUCCUAAAGUCGUUCAUAAUAACGGACUUGGCAACUAUAAGGCACGUAUAUUUUGCCGAUGUUUAAACUUGUCUCUGUUCAAUGCAGAUCUAGGAUGUACGCAUGUGCAUCCAAACGGAAAUAAAACAACGGCUAGGUUUUCAAAAUAAAAGCAACACACUUGUAUAGCAUGUUGAUGAUUUCAUUGACGGACCUCACGAAGGGCCGGGCAGGGACAUCCAAAGGGCCGGAUGUGGCCCUCAGGGCGUAAGAUGCCCAGGUCUGCGAUAGUGCGAUGAAGUUGGUAUAACUGGAGAAGUAAGCAGUCUCUCAAGGGGGUGUCUAAUUCGGUGUUACCGUGUGUUUGAGCAUAACUCAAAUUUACGCCGGAAUAUCCCUUUAAUUUCCACAAGUCUACAGAAAGUGCCAGUUCAGCUGGCAGUCCAGUAACAUUGAGACAUAUCCCAUGUUUUGCAACAUCACUGGUUGCAUUUCUGCUCCAUAAUUUUUCACUGUCUUCCAUUCUUAGGAAAUACUGUCUGAAAAUUAGUUAGUUCAGCCCGGAGGCACACAUUUCCUAAGCUUGAAAUACGAUAAGAUUUUACUUGCAGUUCCAGCGCUGAAUAGUGUGGCAGAUUUAAAAUCGAGAUGAUUAGUUUCCUUUUUGUGCAGCCAAGGAAGUAAAGCUGCUCCAUUUUGGUACGAGCUGAAGAUGUGAAUCAGAAGGAAAAAAAAGAAUUAACCUCAUUAAACUGGCUGAGGAAAAAUCCAGCUUUUCUUUCUUCUUUAUUUCUGAGGGGGAGAGUUCUAUAUUUAUGAUUUCUGUCUAAUCAGUAUGAAAAACACCCACUAAUUGUUUAAUGUGAUGCAGAAAGACGUCUUUGCUGGAAAUAGCAAAGCAUUACCUCCAGUUUUAUAUCCCUGUGACACAGCAAGUUACCAAACACCCAGCACUUGACAUCAACACUUGCUUGUGAUGUCAAGACGACUUAGGUCAUCGGCUUUUCACAGGAGAUACAAUCAAGCAUCCCUGGGGUAGCAAUGACAUUUCUUUGAAAGCAUCUCUCCUCUGUGGGAGAGAAACUGAUUGGGGAAAAAAAAGUGUCAUCUUUUGGCACGACGAAGGGUGACGAUUGCAAAGAAGGAUGAGUUGCAGAUGGUGAACUGCUUCUAUAUAUAUUGGUAUUCAAAGCAGGAUGGUUGAUAAUAGUGCUGAAGGAUAAACUGACAGAUUUGAAAGUAAAAGGGUCUCUUCUUCUGUUUUAGAUAGUGAUGGAGAGUGCCUCUGCUGCACCCUCAUUAAAAGCUCCUCUCCAGGCAGCAGAUUGAUUGUGUUGCACGUCUGCAUGUUGUUGCGCAGUCAUUCUUACGUCUGCUGCUCUAAACGUGUUUUUGUUGAUUUUUUUUCUGCACCAGGAUUACCUUCUCUUCAGUCUUGAUGCUCCCUUUUCCCUCAUACUGCAUCAGACACGAGCCUCUAAGGCCUACACCUGUUCCUGUUUCUCCAGCUUUGCUUUUAUUCCUGCAUGUUGUAGCUGCAGAGUCAAAAAAAAAAGCUUAAUACCUUUUGCUACUUUGGGUGUCUCACUCAUAACGUUCUGCUUUAUCUGCUGCAUCGAUUUGUUUUGUUUUAACACCUAAAGCUUCAAGAGGCUUUGUGAGCAAUUUGGAGUAUAGAUCUGUGUCGUAUAUAUUAGCAUCCAGGUCACAUCAGUGUGUUGUGUGCAGUGCAUGGAACACUGGAUUACACGCUAUUAGCACUGGCUGUGUUUUCAGAGAGCAGAAAAGCAUACGACUCUGCAGAGGGAAGCAGAGAAGCUCCAUGGCUCCAUGUGAGGCAGAUGACCUACUUUUCCACUCUAGGCGAUAAAAUACUGUAUCCAGCCAUGUAAAAUUCCUCCAUCACUUUUCCACUCCGCAUGAGAAAAAGGUUAAGAAAAGAGGGAGCUUACCUGGCUGGUCCAAGCACACUGGUUCUGUGAGCCAUUUGAACCUGCACAUAUUCCAGUAAGCUAAUCUAGUUUUUGUUCACUCUGCCGAAGCUGCGGAGGAGCUGCAUGAAAUAAUUUAAAGACUGGCACCAUCAGCCGGUCGAUAAACAGAGGAUGGAGAGAGGUUUGAUUUCAGGCUGUUUGAAAAAGAGAGGAGGCAGUUAAUAAAAGUGUGCUGACAGAGGGCAAUGUACCAGAACCGAGCAUGUCAGGGGGAAACAAAUGACUCCACUUAAGUGUUCUGGAUUAAUUUGUUCCCUCCUCCACAGAUAAACAUGCACAGAGGCUGAGUUCGAUUAAUGUGGGACUUCUGAUGAAGCCAUCAUCUGGAAAAAUCGUCUUUUCAACAAGUUGCAAUAAACGAAAAAAUUUUUCCCAAUAUAAUAGCUUUUUUUGUGCUAUAAUGGACAUUAAGUCAGCACAUGGCCGACAUGAUAGAUAGUCUUGAAUUUGUAAAUCUGAAACAUUUAGUGCCGUUUUUGCUCUGUUUGGAUCACAACCACCAAGUAGAAGAUAUGACUCUUUGAUACAGGCUUACACACAUUAGUUGAAAAGGUCCUCUGGUUUACAUUUGGUGCUUUUAUAGUGUGGCCCAGUGAGCAUUUUUCCCUUCAAUACAAGCUGAAAAAAAAACGACCAGUGCUGAAAAAAUGUUGAAUUAGGGUGACCAUAUUCUGAAUCCCCAAAAAGAGGACACGACUACGCGAGGGCAGGGUCACGGAGUCGCAUGUAGUAAAUUUUGAGAAUUUUUGGGGUCGGGUUAAGUGUUUUUUACGCGCUUCUGACUCAGUAAGUCCACGCAACAAAAAUUUACAAGGCAAGGCCAGACAGCCCCCGAAAAAGAGGACAUGUCCGGGUAAAAGAGGACGUAUAGUCACCCUAUUGAAAUCUAGUUCAAAACUCAAGGUCUAUUGGCUCCUGUCACAAGAACUGUCAUGAUUUCACACAGACGAUAACAUUUUUCAUCUCAUCUAAAAUACAGUAUUUUGUAGCUACAAGAAUUGUUUUACAGUCAUCAACAUAAAAUGUCAGACAAGACUCAGAUUUUAACCCUAUGUACUGUAAGUCCAACAAUCUUGACUGCCAAACACAGACAGAGUUACCAGCUCAUGUGCUUUUAUCCCUUAUCCUGAAGGCUGUCCCUUAGAAAACUACUUCCCGGCAGUGUCGUGAUAUUUAUUUCCAUUCUCUUUCACCCCUAUGGCAGCCAUACUUUAGCUGGUUUGGAUUUCCAAACUUCAAAACUACAGAGUGACAUGCAACAACUUUGGCUUUAGUAACUACAAACACGAGUGGAGUAGCUUUAAACAAGGAGCCUCAAAAAAUAAAACUUAUUUUACCUAAAAAUACUGCUAAUAUACUGCUAUUAAGUUGUGGUCAAGAGACAAACUCUGAGCAGCUGCUGCAGCAGGACAGAUUCUGUGUCUUUCAGUGAUGAACUGCAGUUAUGUUGCCAAUAGAGUUGGUCAGCCAGGGCAACCACACAGAUAUUUCUUUAUUCAAAUACAAUAUGAGUCACUUUUAUACGAGCUCCAAAUGUAGCUAGGUCUGGUUUGCAGAAAUCGCAUGCUGUGUGGGUGUUUUACUUUCCAGACUUAGUCUGAUACAAUCUGAAUACAAUAGGCGCAUCAGAAAUAUCACAGCAGGCAGUCUGAACAAGGCUUCCCUUAACAAAGAGAAUUGUGUUUAAAUGUACUUCAAGUAUACUGUUUUUAAACUAAGUAUGCUUUCAGUUUACUUUUUAUGCACUUUCAGAGAUAUACCGAUCAAAAUUUAUGUUAACUAUACUUGGCUUGUACUAAGAAUUAUACUGAAGUCUAAAUAUAUUUAACCCACACAAAAACUUUUAAUCAAGAUAUAUUGAAGUAUGUCUUUGUGCCUUGGGUUUAAAUAUACUUGGUCAGUGAAUACUUCCAUGUAUCUUUUUAAGAGUAUACUCUUUUGGGUUGAUCACCUAAAAAUGUCUAUUUAAUGGGUUUUGUUAACUACAAAGCAGUAGAAGGAUCUGGGAACUUUUUUUCAUAUAUGGUGCACAAAAAUGCUUUUACACAAGGACUGAACGAUAUCCUGUUUCAGCAUCACAAUUGUGCAUGAACAAUAGCCACAUUGAUGCGACCUGAAAGAUGUCAUGCUGUCACUGCUUUCUCUUUGUCCAAGAUUAAUCUACAAAGAACACCUAUCUAAAAUCACUCUACUGCAGUCCAACAAUCCAACACACAGAGAAACUGACUGUGUCACAUCACUGUAGAAUGUAAACAUGCAUGCAAGAUGCGACUCUUCUACCAUCACAGAUGCAGGAGAGGAUAGUCCGCUUUAAUUUAAUUAAGACAAUAAUCAGGGGGCUUGCAAUGCAUUUACAUUAUUUUUUUUAAUUGACAAUUUAUGGUUUAUAAAAAAAAAAACCUUCGAUUUUGUAUUUUCACAAAAAUUUCACUGAUUUUAAUAGGGUUGGGAAUCACUAGUGACCCCACGAUAUGAUACUUUCACGAUACUUGGGCCAUGAUACAAUAUUAUUGCGAUUUUAACAUUUUGAAAUACAGAACAUUUUUCAACUGUUUAUCUAGUUUUUUUGCAUUUGGCUUUUCUUUAUGUUUGUCUUAUUCACGCUGUAUUUUAUUUUCAUGUUGCAUGUCUUGCAAUCCUUAUAUACAUUUGUUGCACUAACUUUUUCCUGCUCUAUGAUAUCACUUCUGCCAACGUCACUGGACAAAUAGUUGAUUUUAUCAUAGAUUUGACCUCAUAUUUGAAGUCAAAACACUUAUUUGAAAAAUCGAUACCUGGUAAAUGAGACGAUACGAUAUAUCACCAGACAAAAUAUCGCGAUACUAUGCUGUAUCCAUUUUUCUCCCACCCCUAGUUUUUAAGCACUUAAAAUACAAGCACUCUAUCAUUUAUUUGAUUUAAAUUCCUGUUUUUUUUUUCAUAAACUACUAGUGCACACACAAAAAAGUCUGGUUGUGGUUGUAAUUUUAGGUUAAGCUAUUGUGUUUCUUUGUCAGGAAGUAAUCUGACCAACACUGACUCACAUUUCCACGCUGAGUGAUUGUCCUGCCGUACCCUCACACAAAACCAUCGUCUGGAGAGAAACCACCGCACUUACAAACAUAUUUACUCAUUUUUAACGUCACGUCUGCUGGUGUCAGUCAGCCCCGUCAUCGCACUGGGACAGGCUGUAAAUAGCAACCACAUCAUUGUUGUGUUUUCUGCUCAGUGUCAUCAGUACCCAGAGGAGGUUAACCUUUAGAUGGCUGUAAGAGCUUGCUGGAAGUGUGCAUUCGUGACACCGGCGGGUGGGGGCAGCGAGCCAGGAUGACAGAGAAGGAAGAAUCGUGUCACAGUGAGUCAUCCUCCCGUGGUAGUGGCUCAGACAAUAGAGAGUCUGUGAUGCUGCCAUAUGAUGAGUGUGUUACAUGUUUCUGCAGAUGAAAUGCAACAGCGGAGGGAUGUGUGGCGCAAAAGACGUGAAAAAAGAAUCUUCGAAGUGAUUAAAGACCUUCAAAAUCAGACAUAUUUGUGACAUAGAAAAUGAAGAUGAAUAUGGUUUUAAAAGAGGAUGAAUAUGGCUAAUUUUUAACUAUAAUUUUAACACAGUUAAAGGUGGGGUAGGCAGGAUCUGAGUUGGUGCCAGUUUUUGGGAGAAAUCUUGAGUGUAAACACUCAGCUCCUCCUCUCCCCUCUAUCUCUGCUCCAGCAAGCCCCGCCCACAAACAGACGCUCGUCCUCACUUGUAUCCUUUCAAUUAACUUUGGAUAUAAUGCAGAUAAAUUCUUCAGAUAAUUACAAAUGGAGCCCAGUCAAUGUGAAAAUAAAAAUCAUUGGUGCUACUGUAGAUGCCAACAGACUACCAGCAAACACAAUGUUUGCAGGACUUCUACAACUAGCAUAGAGUGAUAGCAUAAAGGACCCGAGGUCAACAGUUGAGCGGCGCUACAACACGCAGCAGGUCCCGUUUGACAAGAAACACUUAUGUUACAGACACUUGGCUUACUUUGUUAAAGUGGUUUACCUGUCCAGCAGAAAGGUUACAGGGUCACCAAGAUCCCGAAGCGUCCCCCAUCGUUUAAUCAUUGAUGUUGACCCCGGCUUUUUAGCUCUUGUCCGGUCUACCUCCUUUUUAAGCGCCCGUCAUGUUGUGGACAAAGGAAGAUUCAGACAAUUUUCUGUACUUUCUGGUUGCUUUCUACUCUACGAUAGCACGCUACCUUUGUUUGGGCUUGUGAACGUUAUUCAAGGUCGUGGAGCGUGCCUCACAACAUGAGGGAGCAGCGUCUGCCUCACAACCAAUCAGGAUGGGGGAGGCGGGGAAUGGCUUCGUUUACAGUCAGAAAGAGCAGGCCACUCAAAAAAUUUGAAAUGUUGACUACACAGACAUAAGAGAACACAGCAAUAUUAUUAAAUUACAAAAUGUCAUCAAUAACUAAUAGCUAUUGACUGAUAUUAAAAGCUUUUUUGUAUCUACACCACAAAAAAGGAUCUUCUUUAGCAGAAUCCUGCCUACUCUACCUUUUAAUGUUGGUCAUGUAGUAGAUCCAUUAUUGAUGUUUUCUCAACUCAACUCAACUCAACUUUAUUUGUAGAGCACUUUAAAACAACCACAGCUGUACAAAGUGCUGUACAUAACAGGACAAAAACAGCAAGAUAAAAAACAAUCAAGAAACAAUUAAAACAAUGGAUAAAAUAAAAGCAGAAUUAAUAAUAAAAUAUAGCUUCAAUGUUUUUAAAAACUAAUUUAAAAACAUAGAAACAAAUAACUAAAAACAAACCAUAGAACAUUAAAACAGGAGCCGAGUCUCAUGCAGGGUUAAAAGCCAAUGAAUAAAAAUGGGUUUUAAGACGAGUUUUAAAAAUGGACAGUGUGGGGGCUUGUCUAAUUUGGAGGGGUAGCUCGUUCCAUAAAAUUGGGGCAGCAACAGAAAAAGAUCUAUCCCCUCUGAGCUUCCGUUUGGACCUCGGUACCUCCAGGAGCAGCUGAUCAGCUGACCUGAGGCACCGAGCUGGGGUGUAGGGGUGGAGAAGCUCAGAGAGGUAAGAUGGAGCCAGACUAUUUAAAGAUUUAAAAACAAAUAAAAGAAUCUUAAAAUGAACUCUAAAAUGCACAGGUAACCAGAGGAGGGAGGCCAGGAUGGGAGUCAUGUGCUCCCUCUUACGUACGCCAGUUAAGAGCCGGGCGGCUGCGUUUUGAACUAACUGGAGACGUGAGAGGGAGGACUGGCUGACUCCAAAAUAAAGUGCGUUACAGUAAUCCAGCCGAGAUGUAACAAAGGCAUGGAUUACUGUUUCAAAGUGCGUACGUGAAAGAAAAGGCUUUGCCUUCGCCAGCUGCCUAAUAUGAUAAAAACUGGAUUUCACUACGGAGCUAAUUUGCCUGUCGAAUUUAAAAUCACUGUCCAUCUUAAAACCCAAAUUUGAGACGGUUGGCUUUAAAUAAUCUGCUAAAAUACCCAAGUUUACAGGAGGGGUUUCACAAGGGCCACUGGGACCAAAGACCAUCACUUCCGUUUUUUUUUCAUUGAAGUUUAAGAAAUUCAAAGCCAUCCAGGCUUUGAUGUCUUCAAGACAUGCCAGAAGUGGAGUGAGGGAGAAAGCAUUUUGACUAAAUACAUACAGCAACUAUAUCAAUCAAAACACUGAUUGAUAAUCACACUGACUGGCUGGUUAAUAUCAUGCCAGUAAUUUCCAAAAAGUCUAGUUUUGAUGUGAUUGGAAGCUUAAAAUGGUGUAUAAUGUUGUGUUUGACAGCUCUGUUGACAUCUUCUGCCGAGCAGUGUGUUCAGGAUUAGCUGAGUCGAGGAGAAAAGGCAAAAGAAAAUCUAACAGAUGCUAACAGGAGUCAUUUAAACUUUUCAUAACCCGGAGUAUCUGCUCCGAAUCAACUGUAAAAGCUGUGACACUGCAGUCUGGAGCAACCUGAGGGAUUUUGUAGUUUUAGCAUUAAUAUUUUGGAUUUCUAGACUGAUGUUUUUUUUUUUGCUGCAUUUUUGCUUUUAUUGGACAAGACAGCUGAAAAGUAACAGGGAGUAGAGAUUGGAGUUGACAGGCUAGGAAGUAAAACCAGCAACCACUUUAAUGAGGACUAUAGCCUCUGUACGCCCAGUUAGACUGCAAGGCCAACAGCAACCUCAGUUUUGACAUUUAUUUUGAUGUAUGUUGUGGAGAGGGCAGUAGCACAGUCUGGCUCCACCGGAGUAAGAUAUCAGUACCUGUCAUGGAGGGGUAUUUAAUCUUCUCCUCUCAACAACGGGAGACUCAUUAUCCAGUUAGUCGAUGGUACAAACAUUUAUAACUCUAAGGAAGUGUAUCUUAAUAGCUUGUCCUGUGACACUUUCAAUGGCUGUUCUGGUGAAAUGUAUUCACAGUCUUUGCAGUCUCCCCUUCAUAUCUUAAGUGAUCCUUGAACUUCUCUAACAUUUUAAUGAAUCCUGGUCAUUAAAUCUGCCUAAUCGAAACUUUCUUUAAAUCCGAAGUGAUAAAACGUCAGCAAAGGUAUUGAAUUAGAGUUUCAGGCUUGGUACUUGUUAAACAUCAGCAUGUUGGUAUCCUCAUUGUGACCAUGUCAGAAUGCUGAUGAUAGCAUUUAGUUCUGCCUCACAAAGGUUUAACAGGGCUUGCAUGGCUGUGGAAUAAACCGCCCAAGGAUAUCUGAGGCAAUUUGGCUUCACACUGCUGCUGAUGCAGCACUCUCACUUCUUGUGUGGAAUACAUGUGAGUGUCUGGGGUGGAGGUGGGGGGUGGAAGGGGCGAUAAAUGUGGUAAAAAUGAGAAUAUCCCAGUGGGACAAUAAUUGAAGGAGAGGCGCCUGGAGACAACACCUGUGUUUGAAAUGCUAACUGUUUUAUAGAGCAGACUGUGAUAGGGCACCUUGUUCUCUGCAGGGUCUUUUCUUUUCUUAGAGGGGUGGGGAGGCGUGGGUGUUACAUGCAAAACUACUUAAGAAACCACAGUUUCUUUUUACUGCGGGUGAAAAUUACAUAGACGUUGGCUUAAAGGGAUAUUCCGGCGUAAAAUUACAUUGGGGUCAAACACACCGUAACACCGAGUUAGACACCCCGUCGAGAGAUGAAUGUUGCCGCGGUUUGCUUCUCUAGUUAUACCAACUUUAGUAACGAUCGCAGGAUAGCAAUACAGAGAGUCACGUGCUCAACCAAAAAGCCACUCUAUAGCCACAAAUAAUGCUCAGAACAGCACCAAACUUCAUUAACAGUACAUAUAGGGUCCCAGCCAUAGUACUAGCCACCAAACAUCUUUUUAACUUUGUCUAAUUUCUUUAGCAAAGAGACUAAACACAACUCACCCACUCUCUUCCAGCAGCCGCUUGUUUGUAGCGAAACCUCGGACCAGUGCAUCGAUUGCAGCGGAGUUUCGCAGCUCAAGGAAGAACAUUUGUGAUCAUUACUUUAUGAAAAUGCAAUCAGACCGAGACGCUAAGAUAGAAGAACUACAGCGUCUGCAAUGGAAAAUGAUAAAUAUGGUGAUUAUUACUUCAAGGAAAUGAUAAAGUAAUGAUCAUAAUGUUCUUCCUUGAGCUGCGUCACCCCGCUGCAGUUAAUGGACUCGCCCAAGGUCUCACUACAAACAAGCGGCUGCUGGAAGAGAGUAGGUGAGUUGUGUUUAGUCUCUUUGCUAAAGAAAUUAGACAAAGUUAAAAAGAUGUUUGGUGGCUAGUACUAUGGCUGGGACCCUAAAUGUACUGUUGAUGAAGUUAGGUGCUGUUCUGAGCAUUAUUUGUGGCUAUAGAGUGGCGUUUUGGUUGAGCGCGUGGCUCUCUGUAUUGCUAUCCUGCGGUCAUUACUAAAGUUGGUAUAACUAGAGAAGCAAGCGGUCUGCAACAUUCAUCUCUCGAUGGGUUUUCCAACUGGGUGUUACGGUGUGUUUGACCCUAACUUAAUUUUAUGCUGGAAUAUCCCUUUAAAGAUUUAUGGUGGUUGCUGAUUGACAGUGAAGCUGCUGAUAGGUCUCCCUACAUUUCUGUGUCUUUCGAUUUUAACAGGGGGUCACAUUUUGGAUCCUGAAGUGGUUUUGGUUCUAUACUAAGAGGAGGUUCUUGGGAAGUAAUCUUUAACUGGGUCAGUUAGUGGGAAUAUUUGCAGGAGCAGGCUGCACUGUGAUGGGGGUGCACACAGGAUAGCAGACCUUAAUAUUGCUCCCAUAUUCAGAUUGGGAUUCAGAUUAUCAGAUCCCUCAAAUCUUUAAUCGGAUCGAUAAAUUUUGCCCAUGUAAACAUGGCUAGUGUUGUCAGUACUUUAAAAUACUGUCUGGAUCUUGAUUGAUAUGGGAUUUUAAUACAGACACCAAACCAGAGUAGACAAACUCGCAGCAGAUAUCAUGAAUAACUGAGCAGUGCACCAAUAUAAGAGCACAAAAGUUUUAAAAAGUUUGAUUUCUUGAACACAAAAUAAGGUAACUGAUGACAGCAUUGAUUAUGAUAUUGAGGAUCAAUGAUGAGUCUCUGUAAAUAGCAUAACAGAAAUUAUGGUCCAUACUAUGUGCUUUUGUAAAAAAUAAAGGAAUACGUUGAGAAGCUCAUUGCAUUCUGAAACUUGAUAAGACAGAUGUUGCUCAAGACAAAAGCUUCUGUCAGUUGAAAUUGUAACUUUGUAAAUUAGUUUUUGUGAACAUUUUUAAAAAUGUUUUAAUCAUUUCAAGCCAAGUCUUGUGUAGACUAGCUGUGAUCAACCGCAGACGGUACUAAGCUCACUGAGUCAGAGUGAUCCCUUCAGUACAACAGCACAUGAAAGCAUUCUAAAUCAUCCCAAGCAUCGUUGUUUAUCUUGUAUGAUCCUUAAAAAAGUAUUAUUAUAAGCACCCUCUAACAUCUAACCUGACACCACUUCAUUUGUAGACCUAUAUUUAUCUCAUAUCUGUCAACAACACCAAUCACAGUUUGUAGUGCUAAAUCUUCAUGGGUGUCACUCUGUCUUACUGUGAGCAGAAUCAUAUUCUGGUGAAAAGACAGGCAGGAUGAUCAGAGGAAACAAGCAGUUUUCUUGUUCCGCAGAAGUGAAAAGUCCAAAAAACAGAAAGUCGAAAAAUACAUAGUGGAAAAAAGUAUAAAAGUAUCUUUCACACCUGACUUCUUGUGGUCUGUGUUUGACCUACAGGCUUUAAUUUUGAGAAAGAGGCCAAGGAAGGCCAAGUAAUAAACUGUCUGAGAAUAGCUGCAUACCACAGGGAGGAGGUAAAAACUUCUCUGGUGUGGCUCACAGGGCAUCUAUCUCAUUUGGACCAGCAAUCUUUACUUUCCUUACCUUUCCUAUAGGUUCAAAAACAGCUUAUAGCAGCGAUGAUGAUUCACAAUUUAAAAUAAAACAAGCUGGAGGACAAUACAAGGGUAAGCUCGAAGCAAGAAAGCACUAUGACUAAAACGCACUUGCAAAACAGGUGCAGAAGAGUGACGAAUUAGAAGACUGAGGGGGAGGAUGACGGUACAGAGGAACAGAGGAUAUGUGAGAGAACAAAGCAUAGAGGUCACUGCUUGAGGGAAAAAAUAGUGGGAUGUAGACUAACAAGAGUGACAGUGGGAUUCAUGAAUAUUCAAAACAGUUUAUCUGCAGGUGACAAUACAGAGUUCAGCAACCCACAAGCAAUUUAAAAGGGGAGGUUUAUCAUUUAGGGAGCGUGUGCCGGGAUGAGUAAUAUCCAAGUGCAAGCUUUAGUAAACAACAGAUAAUUACUUGUUUUGUCCCAGAUUUCUGUGUGGUUUGCUUAACUAUGUGCUAAUGAAAACAUGGUUCAGACAUGGUUUAACCCUUUUAAGCCUGUAAUAUUAACAGUCCGCCUGGUCAUUAUUCUCUUUUUUUAGCUGUAAAUGUGUCAAAAAGUGUCUUUUGUGUGAAAUCUUUUGCCCCUUUUUUCAAGAUAAGUUAAACUUUCAAAAUCUCUCAAGUAUUUUACAUUUUUAACAUGUUAUAUAUAGUUAAACUGUGUGAAAUAACAACAAAAAUAAAAAAACGGAACAGAUUUUUUUAGAAAGUUUUGUAUUUGUGAACACUUAACUAACCAGAUCAUGACGUGCGUAUUCAUGCACCAAACUUUAUUCAGAUUAGAAGCAUUUGGACAUGCGCAGAGAUGUCUAAUUUCACUAAAACAACCGCAGAAGAAGAGUUGAAUUAACCCCUGUGCUGUCAACAAACCAACAAACGCGGUAGUGGCUCACUACAUCCAAUUCAGGAUUCUCCCCCCCUGUUAAAUGUUGUCACUAGAUGGCGCCCUUGUUUACUUGUUUUACUGCUCUGUCAAAGGUUGAACUGUGUGUGCAGAUGUGACAUCAUUACGCUGUAGCUAUGUAUGCCAUGUUAUGUUAUUGGAGGAGCACACACGGCACCUGCGGUUGUGUUUUUGCCAGAGUGUAAAUAAUGAAACCUCCUGGCCUCAGUAAAUAAGCCAAAGGCUAAAGAGUGAGGACCGAGUCAGGUAAGAGAGUCAUGUGAGAAUAAGUGUUUCCACGGACGCAUUUUGGAAUACCGAUCGGCUCAAACCCCCCCUCUCGUUUGGAAUACGAUUUCUUUCUGAUUGGGCUGAACUGGAUCAGGAUUUUCCGAUCGACCCGUUUACAUGGCGCUUUAUAAUUCCGAUCGGUCCUUUAUUCCGAUUAUUUGUGCCCAUGUAAAUGCAGCUUCUGACAGGAGUGCAAUCGCAUUAGAGAGUUUCACUGAGUCGGUCCAGUGUGGUGCCAUUAUUUGUUUGAUGAUGUCCAACUUCAACCUCUAAAUAGCACGUUAAUUACUUUUCAGAUUAAUGACAAAGUAGGUUAAAUGUCAGGGAACGAUUCUCAAGAAGUUUUUCUUCAGAUCUUUGUGUCUUUUAACCUUUUGUCCAAACGUCAAGGAUGUCCUGUUUCAAAGUUUAAUAUAUUAAACAGAAAAACGAGCUAAAAUCAUCAGCAACCGGUCGUUUUGAAUGUCUAAUACGUAUCUUAAUAACACAGGCUGUAAUUCUGGGGUCCGUUUUCUGUUUCAGUUAAUUUACAAGUCCAGGAUUGUAGCACAGAUUUAUCUUGCUGGCCUUCUUCUGUGAGAUUAUCCUUGGAUACUUGUUUGUUUGCCAGGGUCAUGAUAUCUCAUCAGUCCAUGAAUGGAGACUCUGUGUCCUCAGCGGUUCCUAUCUGAGAUUGUGUCCAAAUUGUUAAUGUGGUUAGAGGGGCCUGUGGGAGAACAGCUUCAGAAAGAUGCUUCUUUUUACUUAAGUAAAUGUAUAUGUGGUCUUUUUUUUACAAAUGGUGUCAUACUUUAAUGAAUUCUUAUGUCAACUGAAAACUAGUUCAAGAAAAUGACGGUUAGUUUGAGUUGAAGAAGCAGAAAGUGUGGAUUGUAUCGUCCGCUUAUUUUAGCCCCUAUUUUAGGUUGGUUGUAACGACAUGAAAAGAGAGCAAGCUUGUCUUUUCUGCCAGCACAGCAAACAGAGAGGUCUUUGUCGACUCUCAUCAGCCCAAUUUGCAGGGCUUUAUGCAAGGUGGAUGAAAAUACUCUGCAGAUAUACCUGCAAAGGCGUAACUAAAAGUUCAAGCUGUUGGAGGUUGUCUGAUGAGUGUCGGGAAGUUUUUGAAAUCAGUCAGUCGUUUUAUUGGCAAAUACAACUGUGUUGAUAUCCUGCACAGCGGCAAUUGAUUAAUCCUGUUCAGCGGCUCUUUAUCCCCUGAAGAUUAAUGCUGUUUUGGCUGUUAGCAAUGUCUGCGCCUGAAUUAAACAUGAGGCAGCAGCUCAGUAGCAUCCUGACAGGAUAAAUUCAUCCUCUUCAUGUUUGUAACUAUGAAUUAUUUGAUAAGUAACACUGUUUACUUGAAUAACAGUGAUGCUCAAUAAAGCAUUAUGACACAAAGGCUGCUGUAUCCUGCUGGUGUGUUAAAAGGAUUAAUAGAUGCGAGACUUGAGCUGUAAUAUUUCAUUAAAAGAGAUCAAUACUUGAAGAUGCUUUGGCCUGUCAUGGCUUAGCUCCUUCUGCACCGGUACAUGGUUUUCUGAGCUUUUUAACUAAUGUGAUACUUCAUUCACCUUCGCUUCCUAGCUAACUUUAAAAAGCAUGCAUUAAGAGCAAACAGGAUGUUACAAAGCGACAAUAAUCUUAGUAAUUCCUCGUGAACUAAGGGGAAUUUUCUACACGCUGAUGCUUAUAAUAAUAAUAAUAAUAAUAAUAAUGAUAAUAAUAAUAAUAAUAAUAAUAAUGCUGUUGUUCAAAAUCAAUAAUAUAAUCUGACAUCGACACACCGCUGUCUCUCAUAAUCUUGUCAAAGUUUGAGUAAACUUCAUAGAUUAGGUCUUUUUCUUCCUUAAGAGACCAGUUGUCGAGUUUUGCAAGCGGCGUGACCAUACCAAAGUCUUUAUUCAAGUCUUCUACCGGUAUUUCCAUGGCCAUCUCCCACGCUCUCCCCGACAAUGCCAAAACAACAGCAAGUGCUUGUUUCUUCUUCUCCAACUCUGUAACUCUGGUCCAAAUAGCGACUUCAUUCUUCCAGCUUUCAUACAACUUCCCUUCGUCAAAGCUCGGCGGGACUCUGUAGUUGCUAGCCAUUCUCUGCUACCAUGUUAAACUAAAAUGAAAAUGAUUUCAGCAACACUUUUGCUUCAGUCUGCCAAAAGCACACAGUAACUACAACAGCUUCCGUAAUAAACCGUAUAUAUAUAUAUAUAUAUAUAUAUAUAUCUAUCAGCCUACAUUCGCUACUUCCUCUUUAGGGUUUUUCACAAUAAGAGUACCCAACAGAACAUAAUAAUCGUGACUUAACAGGAUAUUCACAGCUGCCCUUGGGCAGACUGACAGAAACGUGGCUGCCAGUUUACGCCUACGGCCUCUCUGACCACCACGACACAACACUCACAAUCAUAUACCAGUGGAGGACACACACUUGGAGCAAGGUGGGUUAAGUGUCUUGACAAGGGCACAAUAGACAGACUCGGGAUAGGGGGGAAACGAACCGUUAACUUUCCAGUUGUUGGUCAUCUGCUCUACCUCCUGAGCUACUGUUAGGAAUGAAACUUGACUGUAUGUCAUUAAAUGUGCUUUGUCACAACAUAUGACUCAGCUUUCCGUUAAGUGGUUCACUAUUUGUUACCUUUCCAGUUGCUCAGUCCGGUUAAUUUAUCUAUUUUUUAAUGGAUAAACAGUGUAAAAAUAUCAGCAAACCCAAAUCUCAACUAUACCUCAAAGAACGACUUAAAAUUACAUGAUUUAAAUCUGCAUCGGUUUUGUACUGCAGAUUCACAGCUUGAGUUAUCCUCCUCCGAGAUGACCUGAUACUGAACUGCCAGUAUUUUUUCAAGCAUUCCCCCGAAACAACAGGACAACACUGCCUUAUUCCCUGAAAUAACUGUGGUGUGAGGAAUGAGGGUGUGCUCUUCUUUUUCGCUGCUGUUAACAAGUGUCACCCUCCCUUUGGGUGUGAAAUAUUAAUGGAUGAGUUUAAUUUUGGAGUCAGGAAGGUGACCUUCAUGUGUGUGUCCACAGAGGGAAGGAUAUUCCACUUUCCUCGGUCCAUCUUAUCCCAGGAUAUCUUUUUAUAAGCUCCUAUAAAUCGGAUACUGCAUCUUAAUAAUUCAUACUUGUCAGUCUAAGAAGUCUAAAAGAUAAGAUUUAAAAAGUCCUGUGAUAAAAAUAUUCUGUUCCUAGAGAUUGGAGGGCAAAUGAACAGAGGCAGAGAGCUGAAAGUAGAUUAGAGUUCCUACUUUGGGAUUCUGGGAUUCACUUGAACAAAAAAAUCGAAUCCAACCAAAACAAUUUCAAAAAAUAACCUUGAAAAAUUGAGCAAAACAAAAUCUAGUAUUAUGACGAGGGUGGGAUGUUAUUGUAAACUUAAAAAUCUCAUCCAGCUACCUCUUUUAGUCUGUCCAGCAUUAAACCAUGACUGACAGUGAACACAGCCCCUCACUCUGCUCUUACUCCCUCUGCCCCGUGUUUCCCUCCUUCUCAAAAAAGUGCCUGAAAUGUGUGAAGAUGAUGAGAGUGGACAGCAAGAGUGGUUGAACACUGCUGGUCUCUCUUGAUUCGUCAGCCCGGGGCGUUGUUGAUGUUUGAUGGCAGGAAUGGUCAGGUGGUGUUACAGCCCAGAAAAUCAAGGCAUGGUCCUGACAAGACCAGAGGAGGCCACAGACUAAAUCAGUGCUGCAAAAUAACAAUGGCUCUAACCACGGCUCGUACUUUAUUAUAUCAGUUACAAACCAGAAAAACCAAAUCAGCCAAAUCAGCUGUUUGUCUGACCUUUAAAAUGUGUCUCAGGAUUUGUAUUCUUCCCUUUUACUCCUUGUAGCCUCUGCGAUGGUUUGUCUGCAGACUUUAAAACAGUCUGAAAGGAAUACUGAUUUCUUGUAUCACCUAUACAAACAAACAAAACCACCAGGAAGAACAAGAGUAUUUCUACACUGUGACUUUGAUGCUUGUAACCAAUGACAGAGGGCAGGUAUCAAACCCAACGACUGACUGCGAGCUGCAGAAAAAGUAUAUGGACAGGACGUGAUGCAUUAAUAAUCAGGGUAAGGGUUAAGGCUGUGAUGCCUCAAGAAAGCUAGAUGUGUUUUUGACGUUAAGGAAAACAGCAAAAAGAGAAAAAAAAUCACUAGCACAUGUAAAAGACAGGAACAGAAACAAGAUAAUAGGUAGCAUCUCAUCCACAGGGACAUGCAAAAUCCAAAAAAGUUCCUCAAAGGGUCUUGAAACUUGAGGAUAUGAAAAAAAGGAUUUAGAUCUUUAAUUUUAUCCAGAUUUACUAAAUGAGGUCUUCUCUCUCACUAUUUAGGCCUCAAGGUCAUCUUGAUUUUACAGUUAACAAACCAUCACAGUAGCUUCAAUGCAAUGACUAUGGUUUUUCCCUAUUCGCUCUGUCAAAGGGACGAUUAGGAGUUCUCAUGUUGAUUCUGGUGGUGGACUCUUGUGGUGAAGACGGCAUUUUUCAUUGGCACCAUCACCCACUAUCAUGAAUUUGUGGUUCUUGAAAAGCUAUGCAUUUGUUAUGUAUGCAUAUAACUGACGACAGAGUUUAUUUUGAAUACUAAUAUCUUUGUUGAAGAAAAUGACAGAGAGAUAAGGUGUCAAUUUGUAGGUUUGUACAAUUAUUAACAGUGGAAUAACAACAACAGAGCUAAGUAAACUAUGAUUUAUUAUUGUUAGCUGACUAAUAUUAACUAGAUGUACAGGUUUGAUGCCAUCCGUCGUUGCCCGGUUGUCAAGAUGUGAGCUAUCGGGUAACAUUUUUUUGUAGGUCUUGAAUAGGAAAUGUACUACGGUGGCCCUGAGGUGCAAAACACAACGGCAAAUCAGAAAACAACGACAUUAACUAUUGUGUUUUCUCUUUUUGUGUUGUUUUUUCUGUUUUAUGUUUUGUUUUCUUAUUUGCCGUUGUGUUUUCUCUUUCGCUGUUGUGUUUUCUGAUUUGCCGUUGUGUUUUGCACCUCAGGGCCACUGUAGAAAUUGGGAUAAAAGUCAGAAUAAAUAUAUCUUUUCUGUUAAAAGCAAAGAUCACACUCAGAGUUCUCAGAUAAAUAAAAAUGCUUAAAUGCAACUUGCUAUCAAAUAUCUUAAAGUAUGUUGUUAAAAGCUUUGCUUUUUUUUUUUUUGGUAAGUAUUUCAGCCAUUGAGCAAAUAAAUGAAUUGAAAACCCUGAAAGCAUUUUCUUUUUCAUGCAUCCCUCUAUCAGAACAAAAAAAUGAAACAGGAUGAACUUGUACAUAUCUGUACAUCAUGUCCUAAGAAAAGGAAACAUAAAUAAACCAGACAACCCAGAGGACAACAUUUGAUGUUUGUCACCAGUGCGUCACUGAUGAUUUCAAAGAUUAAAUGGCAUCCAAAAAAUAAAAAGCCACUGUGGUUUUUACUCGCACACACUCAAACACACAAAGAGAGGAUGAGGUACUUAAUUCGUCUAUAACUUUAAUCUUUUUAUGUUCCCACAGGUGCUGGAGAGUCAGGGAAGAGCACCAUUGUUAAGCAGAUGAAGUAAGUUUUCUCAAUACAUCCCUUCUUUUCAAAAGUUUUAUUUAUUUAUAAUAAUUAUAGUUAUUAUUUUUACAAUAAUUAUCGCUUGAUUUAUAAGAGGAGUGGUUCAGUUUUAAAUCCUGACGCCUCACAGCGAGCUGAUUAAUCAGAAGAACUGCAAACAAGUGUUUAUUUACCUCCAACAAAUACAAAGUUUGGCUGCAUCACUUAGUGUAUUAACCCAUUAUUUUAAUUUAAUGGCCGUCACAUGGGGACAGUUUCUGCUCAUGCUACAAGAGAGAAGAGGAGUGAGAGAGGAUAUUUGUAAUGCAUGUGCACGGAUUAAAACACAACACAACACACACACAAUCUAUCCAGAUCACACAAAUAGCACCCUAAAUGACUUAAUUAUUCACAUUCCUCUGGGCAAGCAAGGAAUUGAAUUAAUAUUUUAUGAAACUGGAGGAGAAACAGUCUGCCUCCUUUUGAAGCCAGGUUAUUAACACCUACAGGCAUAUAGAGAAAAAAGACUUGGAGACAGAAACACACAUAUUAUGUAAUGAUAUAAACCAACAUAUCCAGUGUAAGCCCAGCUUUAUGGCAAAGAAGGUGGCAAAACGUAAAUGCUUUGUCCAGAUAGUAUCGAACUACAGAAGCUAUUUCUUUGUUAAUUGGUUAUUGUUGGUUAUCGUUUGCAUCAGCACACUGUUGGAAGCAGUUUUACUUCAGAAUUAAUGGGAGGGUCACUCAGUUUGCUGUCUGUGCACUUCCCUCUGCAGCCUGAUGAAGUCUGGAGGAUUUCAUCUCAGGAAGGGACUGCAGACUUUUGCAUGCACAGAUAUUUUCGUAGCUUGCAGGUUCAUAAAGAGAGGUAAAUUCAGGAUACUGCAUCACCAGGAUGCUGCAGAGUUGGAGUAUUCCAGUCUGUGUGUAGAAACUGCACUGCUGCACCUCAUCCUACACAACAUCUGACAUGAUAUUUGUGAUGAUCAUGGACAGAAAAAAAGACUCUGGGCUUACAGUAGUGUUGCCUGUUUCUUUUCUAUUAAUGGCUUUUUCUAUUAAGUCACACAGAUAAAACUGGAAAACUAGUUAGUUGUUGGUUAGUAAAAUAAGUCUGGUGCUGCAAAGCUCUUAUGAAAAUGAUUUUGCUGUGUUUUUUAAAAAAUGUGAACCAACCUUGUAAAUGCAUUUCAAGGAUCCUUCUGGGCCCUUCUGAGUCAUCUCUCUUUGCAGUAAAAAUGGAUGCCUCUUGCUCAUAUGGCAACACUGCAUCUAUAUUUUGUUCAGGUGGGGGGGCACGCCUGCUCUGAAAUUAAUCUGUGCAUAUUUCUGGGUUUCUCAGGAUCAUUCAUGAAGACGGCUACUCAGAAGAUGAGUGUAAGCAGUACCGAGCUGUGGUUUACAGUAACACCAUCCAGUCUAUUAUGGCUAUAGUUAAAGCCAUGGCCAGUCUGAAGAUAGACUACAGCAACACAGCAAGAGUGGUAAGUGACAAGCGCACAAACACUUUCUACUUUUUUAAUGUAUGACAUUUCUGUAUGUUAUUUUCAUCUAUAUGGAUUAUUUCUAUUCUUUCCUUUGAACCCUAAUCUUAAACUUCCAGGAACUUUUAACUAGAUUUGAAAAAAUCUCUUGUUUCUGCUGAUGUCUCCCUGUUACCUGCAACAGCGACUGAGCCCAUCUGUGUAAAGAGGAGCUAUUUCUUAAAUAGUGAAAACAGGGAAAACAGGAGCUAGUGGUCGGGUCGGGACCACGAACAAAAUGAUUUACGGCACUCAGACCAGAGACAACACACAUUUUUUCUCUUGCAUUUAUCUAAGUUUCCUCAAACUGCUCACAAAAAAAGUUUGUUCCUGGAGCCCUGAUGUGUGAGCCAGAUAAUGACAAACACUACCACUUUUGUCCAUAGUGGCCGCCAAAAGUUUUUUACAAUUUACCAGGUGAUCCAACCUCCUCACUCACUUGCCUCCAGGCGAGCUGCUUUUUAUUCCGGUUUUGGUCAUUAAAAGAAAAGGUAUCAUAUAAUCCGGGGCACCCAGAAACCGACAAGAUCAGUUUUUCCUCCAUUUUAGAUACCAGUUAACAACCAUCCAUUUUCAUACGUCGACCAGCAACCUUCGUGCUGAUUAGUUAUCGCAAUGUGAAUAUCCGCUCAAUUUGAGACAUUUUCAGCUACUGCCCAAUUCGUAUUAUUCUCGCCGCCAGAGUAGUAGGAGCAGCUAAACGCGUCUUUGCAUUGACUUAACAUGUAAUUCAUUCACGCGAAUGAUUUUACCCGUGCUUAAUGUGUGGAGACAGUAAGAGUCAGGUCUACCUGUAGAGGAGCAUAUCACUAUAUACGUGGUGGAUUUGAGCCCCUUUGGCUUAAUAACACUGGACUGCUGAAUACACACGGCUGUACUCUGUCAUCUGUUUAAUAUCUUAGAAGUACUUUUCACUUUGUUUCUGUCUCGAAGUUAUUGGGAGGAAAAGUCUUAACAAAACAUUUUACUCCCUCAAUUACUGAGUUCGGGUAUAAGCCAUUUCCCUAAGAUUUCCCUGUGAUGCCUCGGAAAGCCGGUUUGUUUUUCAUACCAUUUUUUUUUCCCCUUUUCAUCCUAUAACCCGUUUCAUAUGUUUCUAAUGUGGGUGUGAUUUCAAACAUUCACCUGUUCACAGCAGCCACUUUUUCAGUGAGAAACUUCUGGUUGAUACUCAAACAGUGUGAUAGCUCUCAGAUCUGUCUUUGUAACCUGCAGGGAAAAAAGUCCUCAUCCUGGAGACUUCACCUCCUCCAUCUUUGAUCUGCUCUCUUCUCAAAGUUGUGAUAGAAAGAAGAAGAGCGGCUGAAAGUGUGGCGAAUAGAUGCAGCAGCAGCAGACAGGCCUUUGAGGCUGCUUAGGGAAUUGGAUUUAUUGAAAAAGUGCUGGCAGGUCACAUUUUAGAAGCAAACUCAUUAUUCCUGGUGAUUUUUGUCACUUCAUCAUCAGGGCUCCUAUUCAUUCAUUUGUGUUUGAUGGUUAUCACUUGAACAGGAAAGAGCUUACAGAGUUUAUUUCUUUAAUCAUUUUAAAAGUGUGAUCUGUCCCUAAAAGGUCUUAGUUUGUCGAGUGUUGUGGAUAGUGUAUGGGCCUUUUUAUCUAUAUUAUUUUGGGGAUUUUGUUUUGUUACUUUCACAAUUACCACAAGGGGCACUUCACACAGGUGAAUGGGCAGGUAGAUGCUACAAAAGGGGCACAGGUGAAGCAGUGAUCUGGGGAAGGUGAAGAGCACGGGUUUUUAACGCUGAUCUCUGACACCACUAUCACCCUCAUCACACACAUCACCAUCUGUCUUUUUUUGUUUGUUUUUUAUUAAAAUCAAUAAAUGGCAAAAAGAAAACUCAACAACAACUUGGAUUGGACAUUAGAUUGUACUACAAGGGUGUCAAAAACACCUCACUCCCGCACCCAGACGGUGACUAAAAUUCAGGUCAGCAUAGUCGCUACAAAUAGUUUUGUAGUUGCUGCAAAGUCUGAUGCAAAAGCCGUAUUUGGCAAAUGAGCUUGAAGAGCUCACUACCCACAUUUAUGACAAGAAGAUCAGUUUGUAGGGGGGCAUGUCGAGUAAGGGGGUUAGAAUCACCUGGCAACUCAAAUACCAAACCUGACAACACCCUUACUAUUCCUUGUAGUCGAGUUAGGACAGAUAUUUUGUUCUGAUGACAGUGCACAUGGUGGGAAACCAACUGUGUACCCAUUUUAUUGUUACUAAAGCACAAAGAUAAUUAUUAUAAUCUCACAUUAUCCCUCAGAUUGAGCCGUCCGUGUCGCUUGGCCAUGAUACUAAAAUCAAAUCAGCUUUCCCAGUGCCACUUACUGACGUUGUUUAAAAAAAAAAGGGGAAAAAAAGUGUCAUUUUCACACAUGCCUCCUCACCCAGAGUAUUUUACUAAAUAUGAGUAAAGCCACCUGUCACAGGGUUCUUACUCAAACAAUCAAAAUAUAGUGGAAAACACACGCAUAGUUGGAAAAAUAUGGUAAUUGGGAUAUUAAUUUAGUUGGCUUACCAGAGUGCAGUGCAAAAAUAUAAGAGCAAAAAAAUGGUCAGAAUACUUUCUACAAAAUGUACAAGGCCAAAAAGAAAAUACCAACACGGCAGGAGCCUCACUACAACUCAAGAUUUUUACUCAAGGAAAAAAAUUCAGGAACACAGCAGCACAACAAAAGUCAGUUUGGCAGUUAGCUUCCAUGCAACAAACUCCAGACUCAAAUAGAAGCCUAGGCUGCCUUCUUUUAAAUCCCCCUAGCCCCUCCUAGUGAGCGAUAUUAAUUAUAUAAGCUUGGGGGGAAAAAAAACAUUUUUCACAUUCAAACCAUUGUAACCCCUUCAGAAGUUUUUACGAUUUUAAAUAAUUUUUCACACAAAUCAAUAGAGCAUUAAUUUUUAGGGAUUCAUGGAAAACAAGGGAAUUAUUUUUUCUUGCCCCGUUGACCACUUUGACCCACCAUACACACAUAUGUACAACAGGGAAAUCACUCUAUGCUCUGUUUUCUCAUUUGAAAACCUGAGUUGCACGAUGACGUGAAUGGACGCCCAGCAGGUAAGUGGAGGGAUGAAUGUCCAUGUGAAAGUACAGUAUGUUUAAGUUAACCGAUAGAGCUCCAAGUGUGCAACCUUGGUAACUCUAUCCAACAGAGAAUGGAGGAGGAAAAGCAGCGCUGUUUCGUAGGUAAGUAGCGAUGCUGGCAGGGAGGGAAAUGUUUGGCAUUCCCCCUCAACUUGAGUACUGACUAUACCAUAAUAUGAGGAGUGUUUGUCUUUGUAUUCUCAUUGGAGCAGUUUCAUACAAGUGAAAACAUACAAUUCAAAAUGGUUGUAUUUCUGUUAGAAUUAGUAUUGGCACAUGUCAGGGAUAUGUCCUAAAACCAGUGCAUGUCAUUAGAGUAAAUGGUGCAGCCCUAUUAAACACAUUGGCCUGAUUAACUGAACUUAUUAAAAUCUUAUACAGAAACUCAUGGACGUAUAGCCUCACCCUGCACACACAGACUCACAUUUAUUACAAGCCAGCGCUUCAGGCAGAGAUCCUGUCUGCUGUACCCUGUGAACAGCUAUCAGCCCACAAUGAGCUGCCAGUGAACUCUUAACAACGGCUGAGCUCAUUUCUGUGGAGGAGUGAUUGUCAGAGUGAAGCUGGGGUGUAUGGACUUUAAAUGAAGUUGUAAUAGAAGGAUCGAGGACUCUAGCUGUGGUCAUUAGAGCAUGACGCAUUAGACUUUUUUUUUCUCCCCCUAUUGCCAGAUCUGUUAAAUGGCUGUAUGUACGUGACAGUACUCUCGCACACUCCCACACUAGCAAUUAGUGUGGCAGCCAGUGUGUCCACACUUGCACUCAGCAGCAGCACUGUAAAAAUGCUCACUCACACACACUCAUACUUUCUGUGCAGGUGUGUUUGCAUGCAUCUGAACCUGCAUGCAAACAAAAAUGUGCUAAAAGAGAUAUACCAAUGUAAAAUUAAUUUAGGAUCAAACACACCAUAACACUGAGUUAGACACCCCCUCAAGAGGUCAAUAUUGCUAACCACUUGCUUCUCUAGUUUUACCAACUUUAGUAACGACCGCAUGAUAGCAAUACACAGCGGUCUGAGGAGCCAUAAACAAACCUCAACCAAAAAGCCACUCUAUAGCCACAAAUAAUGCUCAGAACAGCACCUAACUUCAUCAACAGAACAUAUAGGGUCCCAGCCACAGCAUUAGCCAUCAAACAUCCUUAUAGCUUUGCCUAAUUUCUUUAGCAAAGAGACUAAACACAACUAACCUACUCUCUUCCAGCAGCCGCUUGUUUGUAGCGAGACCUCAGGCAAGUCCAGCUACAACUACAGCGGGGUGGUGCAGCUCAAGGAAGAACAUUUAUGAUCAUUUCUUUAAAAGAAUAAGAAUAGGAAGAAUUUUAUUGAUCCCCAAAGGGAAAUUCAAUUGUCUGUUGUCUCACGUAAUAUGUCUAUUAAAUUUAUCUAUUAUUUACAUUAUUUACUAAGUCAUUCUGUCCUGCAGUGAAGAGAGAGGUAUCCUCUAUUUAUCAUUUCCUUGAAGUAAUAAUCAUCAUAUUUAUCAUUUUACACUGCAGACGCUGUAGUUCUUCUGCCUUAGUGUCUCGGUCUGAUUGCAUUUCCAUGAAGAAAUGAUCAUAAAUGUUCUUCCUUGAGCUGCGUCACCCUACAGCAGUCUGUAAUGGACUGGCCCGAGGUCUCUUUACAAACAAGCGGCUGCUGGAAGAGAGUAGGUGAGUUAUGUUUAGUCUCUUUGCUAAAGACAUCAGGCAAAGCUAAAAAGAUGUUUGGUGGCUAGCACUAUGGCUAGGAGCCUAUAUGUACUGUUGAUGAAGUUAGGUGCUGUUCUGAGCAUUAUUUGUGGCUAUAGAGUGGCUUUUUGGUUGAGGUGUGCGCGUGGAUCUAUAGACUGCUGUAUAUUGCUAUCGUGCGGUCGUUACUAAAGUUGGUAAAACUAGAGAAGCAGGCAGUCGGCAACAUUCAUCUCUCAAGGGGGUGUCUAACUCAGUGUUACGGUGUGUUUGACCGUACAUUAAUUUUACACUGGAAUAUCCCUUUAAGAACUAAAACUGUCAUGGUCCAAGCUUUUGUGAUUUAGUUUAGUUGAGGGAGCGAGACGAGUUUCAACUGGGAGAUGAACCACAUUUGCAGAAAGUGAUUGCUGCAUAAAUCACAUGCAGUUUAAUUAAAAAGAAGCAUCACCUUUGUUUGUGGUUUUUAAUCAACAGUCAUAGUCACCGCAGCCAAGUACCAGACAAAUGAAAAAGUUACCAUUUCAGGAAACAUGAAGAGAAAUCUAAAUCCAAAUUGGGAAGCAAACACAAAACCCAGCAAACGGAAAUGAAAGUGAAGGAUGUAUUGUGCUUGCCAAAAAAAAGGGGGGUAAACAAACCUCAAACAUUCAAAGAAAACUCAUUAGAUAUGCAUUAAAACACAGCUACCGGCAAAAGAAGUGCGGUUGUUAGCUUUUAAAAAGCAGCAAGAGACAAAAAUGCACCGCUCAUCAAAUGAGUUGGAUACACUCAAUCUUCUUCUUUUUUAAUUUAAACAGCGACUGCAUUCGUGCAUAGUCAGAAUCCUUGUAGGCAGAAUAAUAGCCCUUUUAUCAACCAGAUAUCGAUGGCAACCUUAGCUGUGCUGACACAAACAAAUGAUCUGAAAAGCUCAGGGAUCAAUAACUGUUAGAUACGCCAUGACUUUGACUAAAGAAACACUUUGAAGAAAGCAUAAGGAGAAGAUUGUCUGGUUUUUGGAAAAUACUUGCUUUGUUUCUGUAACUGAGACAUCCAAUACCCAAGGUUUAUAAAUACAUAUUUGUGAACUCCAGCUCUUUAUAAGUCAAAAUGGAGCAGUUUAUUGGCUAAACAUGGGAUCACAGGUGAAUGAGUCUGCAGGUAAACUGUCAAAUUCUAGCAGAGCCAGCGCCACCAGAUUUCAUUCCUCCUCACACGUUAACUUCCACAUGUUUGUAUCGAUUACACAUAUCUCCAGCCAAGUGGUUACCUGCCAGUUUAAUCAAACACAGCCUACACAAAACUUGAUCUGGAUAAAAUCACAGCCCAACUCCGCCAUGGUACCCAGCGCCAUCUGUUAUCUCUGUGCUUUUUUAUGCCUGGGUUUAAGAGCACGACGGCGUUAUGAGGGUGGCUGUCGCCUGGAGCUACAAUCCUAACUAGUGGCAGGUGGCUGAUCUAGAGCUGAGACACAACAUUUAAUGAGUUUUUCAGCCUUUACAAUAAUAAAAAUGUCAAUAAUUAAACUACCUAGUAAAUCUGGUGACCGGGUUUGUUCAUCUGAGACUAAGAUGAUCCGAAAACAGAUCUGUUAACAGAUUACGAUGUUAUUUUGUUAUUUUAGUCAAUUUUAAUGCAUACUUUGGCUCUAAUCCUAACCCAUUUUGCCCUGUGUCACUGUUGCCCCCUGCAGGACGAUGCUCAGCAGCUCUUCGCCUUGGCUGCUGCUGCAGAGGAGCAGGGCAUCCUCCCUGACGACCUGGCCAACGUGAUCAGGCGGCUGUGGGCUGACAGCGGCAUACAGAACUGUUUUGCACGGUCGCGAGAGUACCAACUCAAUGACUCUGCAGCAUAGUGAGUGGAAAUAUACCGUACUGUAUAUGUGUGUGUCUAACACUGUGUCAUCCCUCUUAUAAACAAAUCCUCCCUUUUAUGCUCAAGUAGCUUUAUUUCAACAGAUUAGAUUCAUUACUUUUAACAUUCUUGUCACUUUUGUCUUACUGAAACUGCUACUUUUAUGCAUUAUUUUGAGAUAUUACCCUCACAUUCCCAUUUUUACCUUAGUAUCAAUCAGUAUGCAAUCUAUCCCUGCAUACAUUGGACUCGCUGCUAUAAAUGUUCAUGUGGUAUUUUAGGAAACAACCCAACCGCUGAUUAAAUAUGCUUUCUUUUCUUAUACUGCAUACCAGUUUGCCUUCUGAAAUUACCAAUUGUUUUGCUAAUUUAAUUCUGCAUUAUUAUUGUAUGAGGUUAUAAAACAGAUGAAGAAAGUCACAGUAAGGAAAGUUUUGGCGAUGAUGUUAGUUUUAUAGUUUUCUGAUUCAUUUAAUGUCAUCACAUAAAGGUCUGUUUAAUAUUCCUUUUAUUAUCGACGCUGUUCUUUGGCUGAUGUGAUGAAUCUAAUGGCGCAGUGCUUCCAGCCUCUCUUAUUCCUGCUGCAGUGAGAAACCUGUCUCUGACUUCACCGGGGAGCAAUAGGAGACUGGAAGGAUGGUCCAAUAACUUCCGUUUAGUGAUUCUUUCUACCUCUCUGGGUUUUAUUGUCAGAUAUUGUAACCUGAUAAGCUGAGCGCAGAACGGUUUGUCUUGAGGGGGGGAAAAGGUGAGGCUCGGAAAAUUGUGUUUACUUCAAGGAAAUUUAGUCUCCAAGUAAAGUUUUAGACUAGCUUGUUGUGAUAAUAAAACCCCCUGGAGUGAUCCGUUUGUUUUUGUUGUGCUCAUUCAUUCGGUGGAAGUGGCUUAUUGAACAUUCAGAACAGUCAGAAACGCUGCUUUGCCUUGAUUUGUCUGUGAUCUCAUUUGGAAAUAUUUUGUUCUUGCCAGAAAAAUGUUGGUUUAAUCAUUUUUAUGUUUCCACUCGGGAAGGGGUUGUCUCAUUAAUUUUUAUUACCCUGUGGUUGUGACACACAUGAAUCCUGACAUUUGAACAGAUAAAAUGUUUGAUGUAAACUGUAUCUCUGUGUCAGUGAAGCAUACAGUGUGUUGUUUGGCCACUAAGGCUCCCAGCAGGCUUUGGUGGUGAUGUAAUGCUUGUUUAUGUGGGUCAGGUUGUGUUAAACAUGUUGAAGACGGUUUCACAGUCCCCUGCUGACCAACGGUCUGUCAGAAAACAGAGAAACGGCAACAAAUUAGAAGGAUAGGGAGAGGACUAUACAUAGAUAACUGCAGUGAAACACCACAGCUGUGAAAGACAAAGAGAGACACUCUGUUGUCUUUAUUCUUUCAUGUUAGAGUGAAUAUGCUUUAGUGUAAUGCAAAGACCUAUAGUCAUGUUCCUCUGAGCCUGUAUGCACAUCUGAACCCUGCUCUUGCUUUCUAGUCAUGAUUAUAACUCUCUAUGCAACACAAUGCCUGGUAUGACACCGACAACAGUAUCCUGAUUCAGCCAUUCAUAGUUAUACAAGGAUUAGGGGCAUGUGAGGUUAAGCUCAGUUUUCAGGGGCAGUAUGAAAAUAACCAUAAUUUAUCAUUUGUAUCCCUAAAAUGCAAUAAUAAUGCAUCAGAUUCUUAUAGCGCUUUAUCAGAGACCCUGUAAAGCACUUUACAGUCACACCCUGGUGGUGGUAAACUACCCUAGUAGUCAUGACUGCCCCGGGACAGACUGACCGAAACAUGGCUGCCAGUUUGCACGUAUGGCCUCUCUGACCACCACCACACAACACUCACAUUCAUACACCAGUGGAGGACACACACUGGGAGCAAAGUGGGUUAAAUGUCUUGCCCAAUGACACAACGGACAGACCAGGGAUAGGGGAGAAUCGAACCAACAACCUUCCAGUUAUUGGACAACUGCUCUAUCUCCUGAGCUACUGCCGCCCCAUGUCGUGAAAGUCUAUGUAGCUCUUUAUGUUUCAUUGGAUAUUGCUUAUGAUAUUAACAAAAACAACUUAUUGAGAAAAUACAACUCUCAUUCAUUAACUCAAACUUAUUGAUUUAAGUAGAUAUGAUACAAAAACACAACAGAACCAAGAGCAAAUACUUUUUUUUGUGCUGGUUUCUUAGCUGUUGUUAGCUGAUUAGCUGAUGUUCGACCUCUGAUUUCUGAAGCUCUCUUGCUAAACCACCUUCAUGCUAGUGAGGCUAACACUCAUCUUACAGUUAAAUCUUGCGAGGCUGAUUUCAAGGCUGGUGGUGUUUGUGGUUUGUCUCCUGGCACUGUUUGUUCACUCAGUUUUUAACUUCAGCCCGACAGGAAGCUAAGCUAGUUUAGCUUGCUAUCAAAGUUGGUCAAAAAUACUAGAGAUGAGCUGAUUGUGAAAAUUAGAGCUAAUACCAAAACUGAUGUUUUAAAUAUACAUUUGGGUGAUGCUAAUAGCCAGUACCAAUGUUUUUUUACAUUACUUCUUCAAAUUUUGAUAUCAAAUUUUUGGGAGUCUGGUUUUUUUAGUGAUUUGAUCGUUGCGAGUCCCUCCUUUACAGUCCAUCUUGUAAUGUCUCUGGGACAUGAUACGAACUGCAUGUCACCGACCUUUUCAGAAACAUGUUUCAUCAUUAAAAUAAACCAGCAAUACCCCCACCAGGGGAUUUUUUAGUGUGCAAUAAAAAAAAUUCGCUAAACAAGCAAUAAGGGGUUUUAGCCUUUAAGAUUUACACUGACAGCGGCUACUGACAUCUGUGCGUGACACAUUAUUUGCUGAUACCUGUCAAAAGAGCAGAUGCUGUAUGUGCUGAAACAGAUGUUAAACUGAUGCAUCGGUGCACCCCAAGAAAAUAUUGACUGUAUUACCCAAUUUUAAUAACCUAGCUCCAUUAACUCAUUUAUUCAUUUAUUUGUGAAUAUUUCUAUACCUCUAGAUGAGCUAGGACACCACAGGACAUAACUGUCUUAGAUAUCUGUUUACAGAUUUUACUUUUAAAUAAAUAAAUCUCCAUUAUCGUAAAGAUUAGAUGCAUGUUAUUGAAACACCCUGGGCUUACUUAAACAAAACAAUUUCUAAAACAUUAUUGCAUGAAAACAAAACAUGCUAAAAAGACAAAAACUGUUAUUAAUGUUACGUUGCCAUAAAAGCCCUUCCAGUAAUGACAGAUUAUACUACUGUGUCUAUUAGCAAUCCCUGAAUCGUCCCACACUGAUAAUUUAAAGCAGCCAUUUCCCAUCAUGAUUUAUUAUGUAACACAGGAUAUGUGCAGAAUUGAUAUCAGGCUUUUAUAAUCGACUGUUAUCAUCCAGAUCUAAAGCAAAUACCAAAAAGCACAACAUGGAAAGGCAUAACAGAAAAAUACACAGCCAUAUGAACACCAGCGCCGGUGGAUAUCAAGCUGAGAAUGAUAAACAAAAUCCAGCAAAACAACCACAGAUGGUGCAGGUUGGGACAACAAAUGUUAUUUAGAGUUGAGAGGCAACAAAUAAACAGCAAAAAAAAAAUACAUCUGUCGAGAGCUGAAGGUGGGCAAGGAGUAUAGCAGAGGCAUAAACAAAAUCAGCCAUCCAGAUGUAGUAGAUUAUGAUUCUACCGAGGGUAAAUCAAUGAGGGACAGCAGCCAGCUGUGUCCUGUAUGUGUCUAACACUCCCUGAAUGAGUUGAAACAAAAGGUCCCUGCUGCAGGUAAACAACAGCGUCAAUGAGCAAAACAACAAAGAUGAUAUUCAAUCUGCUCCUCAGCCAGAUCCAAGGCUGCAGUAAUCCUCUAUGAAGAAUCUAUCAAUGCAGAAACAGUCCAGACAAGGCACAUUCAAAUCAAAGACGCCUGAGAUGAUAUUGAGAUUUAUCUUAAGAUUUACAAAUCAACCAGGAAGACUUGUAGGUUACAAAGCAAAGUGGUGUUAGCUAGCAGAUGUAGCAAACAAGUGAAGAGUGUAGCCUGGAAAAAAAGACAUUUGAACCCAAUCGUGAUCAGGAAAACAGCUUCAAGUAGAAAACUAAGCUUCUAGCCAGAACUGCAAUGAAGGGCAGUAACUGAUGAAGCGGGUAAUAUUGAUUAAAGGAGAGCAGCAUGUUUCUUGGAACAGCAGGGAACAACAGCAAAUCAUUUCCUUAACAAACAAUUCCAGGCAGCCAUGAUGGGAAGCUCAGCACAAACACGGGGAAACAAAACAUACACAGGACACAAGACCAAAAACCAAGCUGCGAUGGUUGAACAAGCGCAAUACUAAAUUUAUUUCCAAUACAGAAACACAGAAAGGCCUACCUUGAAUGAGAAGUCCCAAAGGUGAGCAAAGACAGUCAGCAGGCCUCACACAGGUGGAGGGAAAGAAAUCACAUGGACAGGAAGUGAAGAUUUAAAAAUGAGGAAAGGGAAGUUACACAAAAUAAAACAGGAAAACAGGAAAAUUCUUCCAACAGUGGUUAGUUAGCUUCUAGAAAAUGAGCUUCACAAAAAUUAUUUAACAAUGUAAAAGUGGUUGCUCCUUAAAGGUAAGCUGAUGAGAAAUAUCGUCUUAAUCUGUCUGUUUGUGAUGCCUGGACAUUGUUGUAAAAUCAAAACAAAAAAACAGCUCUUAAGGGUUUAAUUUUAGCCUGAAUGUGCUAACUACCAGACACAGUUAUGAGACAAAGCGAGUGAGGUGUUGGAGUCUGAACUUUGUAAUGAAUUUGGUUGAAGUGUGUAGUGUAAUCCCUUAAAAAGCACUCAAGCAGCCAGUUUAAUGCUAUUAUUAAAAACUUUACUACUGAGUGAGUCACUCCACUAAAAGUUCUGCUGGAGUUCAUUACAGUUCAAAGCAGAGUUGAGUUCAUGCACACUGUUUUGUCUGAUAUUAAUGCAUCACAAGAACAUCAGAGACCUUGCUGUAUUGUCAGUUUUUGUGUGGGUUUAAAGCCUGUGUUUUUCUCUCUUUUUGCACUCUUCAAUCUCUCUCUCUCUCUCCUUCUUUCUCCCUCUUCUUUUCAAGUUACCUGAACGACCUGGAGAGGAUAGCUAAAGCCGAUUAUAUACCCACCCAGCAGGAUGUGCUGCGAACCCGUGUCAAGACCACCGGCAUCGUGGAGACUCACUUCACCUUCAAGGAACUGCACUUCAAGUAAGAGCGGAAAACUCUGGUCUGAUUGCAAUGUUUGUGGAUUUAAGACAUCUUAGACACACUUUAAAAAAAAAACUUUAAAAGUUGCCCUUAUUUUACAACAAGCUCUUUUGUAAUCAAAGGAAACUCUCACUUUGCAACUCAGACUCAGCGGGAGUGUGUACUUGACAUUAAAGGAGCUGAGUGUUAAUAAGAGCUCACAGCGUUCACAUAUCUCACAUGCUUGCUUGGAGUGUUAUUGAUUGAUACAUAACAAACUGCCACUUGUCACACAAGCAAUGCAAAGCAACAUGACACAUCACCAGUGCUGUGUGAAGUAUAAUGACCCAAGUGCUUUUAAAGGGAUAUUCCGGUGAAAAAUUUAGUUAGGGUGAAACAAACAGGAACACCGAGUUAGACACCCCCUCAAGAGAUGAAUGUUGCCGACCGCUUGCUUCUCUAGUUAUACCAACUUUAGUAACAACCACUAAUUGUUGCCUAAUUUCUUUAGCAAAGAGACUAAACACAACUUACCUACUCUCUUCCAGCAGCAGUUUGUUUGUAGUGAGACCUCAGGCCAGUCCAUUACGGACUGUUGCGGGGUGACACAGCUCAAGGAAGAACAUUUAUGAUCAUUUCUUCAUGGAAAUGCAAUCAGACUGAGAUGUUAAACAAACCUCAACCAAAACACCACUCUAUAGCCACAAAUAAUGCUCAGAACAGCAUCUAACUUCAUCAACAGUACAUAUAGGGUCCCAGCCACAGCACUAGCCAUCAAACAUCUUUUUAGCUUUGCCUGAUUUCUUUAGCAAAGAGACUAAACACAACUCACCUACUCUCUUCCAGCAGCCGCUUGUUUGUAGCGAGACCUCAGGCCAGUCUAUUAUGGACUGCUGUGGGGUGACGCAGCUCAAGGAAGAACAUUUAUGAUCAUUUUUUCAUGGAAAUGCAAUCAAACCGAGACGCUAAGGCGGGAGAACUACCGUGCCUGCAGUGCAAAAUGAUUAAUAUGGUGAUUAUUACUCCAAUAAAAUGAUAAAGAAAUGAUCAUAAAUGUUCUUCCUUAAGCUGUGUCACCCCGCUGUAGUCUGUAAUGGACUGGUCUGAGGUCUCGGUACAAACGAGCGGCUGCUGGAAGAGAGUAGGUUAGUUGUGUUUAGUCGCUUUGCUAAAGAAAUUAGACAAAGUUAAAACGAUGUUUAGUAGCUAGUACUAUGGCUACAACCGCAUAUGUACUGUUGAUGAAGUUAGGUGCUGUUCUGAGCAUUAUUUGUGGCUAUAGAGUGGCUUUUUGGUUGAGGUUUGUUUAUGGCUCCUCAGACCGCUGUGUAUUGCUAUUGUGCCGUCGUUACUAAAGUUAGUAUAACCAGAGAAGCAAGCGGUCGGCAACAUUCAUUUCUUGAGGAGGUGUCUAACUCUGUGUUACGGUGUGUUUGACCCUAAAUUAAUUGUACGCAGGAAUAUCCCUUUAAGAGCUGGAGCAUAAAGACAAAAGACAUUGAAAACAUGUUUGUCUUCACAGCUGUUAAGUCAAAAGAAGCCUCUGUCUUUAUCAGCAGUGACAUCUCUGUCUCAGCCUCCUCUUCCUGAAUUGAAAUGUAUAAUUCAGCCUCUCAGAAGAGCAAAAUUACAGCAACAAUUAGAUGCUCAAUUAUCAUAAUUGUACUGAGAGCAAAGUAAAUGAGGUAAAGCCUGCCCACCUCACUCUCACUCAGAAUCAGAAUCAGGGCUUUAAUAUGCUGCUAGUGUUGAAGUACAUUCUCCAUAGCAGAGUGUUGGAAGUCUUACAUAAAGUAUGCGCAGACCAAGCCCAGGCACUCAUGUGUGGGAUAGUAAUGGAUGUAUGGAAAUAUCUCUGAAUAGUGGAUCAUAAGAGGCAAAAGGAUGAAUUUCAACACUUGGUGGUACAUUUAUCUCUGGUUUACCACAGCAGAACUGAAUCCUUGAUAGAAAGGCAUUUAAUUUAUAAGAAAUGCUGAACGAAAAAUGGAAGCAGUAGAUUCUCACAGCUCAAUAAAUAAGAAAAGAUAUCUUCUCAUUUUUGCAGAUCUUAGCCUUUCAUAUGCCUUGAGACGGGCCUUGAGUCGUAUGUAAAUGAAUGAGAUACUAUGGCAGCCACAUGGCUCUGGUGUGACCUGUUUCCAGACAAACUCGCUGAUAUUUGCCCUCUGCCACAGCCUCAAUAUUUGCCCUGAAUAAUAAAUGGAGGCGAUCGAUGAGAAGAAACUCACGUUUUUGUAAUCCUGCCUUGCCUACCAUACAAAGCACAAGAGUAAGAGAAGUUUAAGUGCUUCAUGGUACAGGAAAAUGUGGGAUUUGAGCAUAGCUUAAUUCUGCUCGGUCGAUGCGGAACCUCUCGGGUGUCGUUUGGUUCUUACAUACUGCAUUUCAAGGCGGGAUAUUUAUGCCUCAGGUGGGCCUCGUCUGCAGUGUGUAAUGCACAAAGGGGUAAUGCUGGAGCAAAGUUAUACCAUCUCUAAUCCACCCUUAAGACGUUGGCUGAGCAGGAUGACAGUGGUAAUAAGUAGAGUUUGUGUAUCUGAGUUUAUGGCACUCUUACUGUGUGUAUACAAGUCAUGCGUCUCUCACUCCUGCAGCACUGUAAUAUCUAAUGUAAGCACAAGGAUGUAGCGAUGGUGAAAAACCUCGUUCUAGCACUGCUGCAGGAUUGUAACAUAAGAGGCUAUUGUCUUUAUCAGUGAAACCUGGUGGCUGCCCUGGAUGGAGUGGACUUAAGAUGCUUCAGCUGUCUGCAGGGUUUUGCUCGCUUUUUAAAUCUCUAAUAGCUUUGAUCACAGUGCUCAGCCUUCCUGUUAGCUGCUGCUCUGCUCUCCUCUGAAUACACACUCACCCUGCUGCCUUCUAUCAGAUUUCUGACAGACUCCUCUCCACCUCCUCACCACUUUUACUCUCAAAAGAGCCUCAUGCAAACUUAAUGUACACCCAAGGAUGAGAUAUCACCUCAACUCUACCCUUCCUUCCUCUCGUCUCAACCUUCAUUUUUCCUGAAGCACUCUCCUCGAUGCCUUUUCCCUUGACAGCUUCACCUUACUGUCUUUCACCGAGACCAUCCUCCACCACUCUGUCACACUGAUACACAAUGUCUUUUACCUCCUCGCAGGAUGUUUGAUGUUGGAGGACAGCGCUCAGAGAGGAAGAAGUGGAUCCACUGCUUCGAAGGAGUCACGGCUAUUAUUUUCUGUGUUGCGCUGAGUGCUUAUGACCUGGUGCUGGCCGAGGAUGAAGAAAUGGUGAGGAAAAAAAUCGGUGUCUUUGCAAUUUAUCUUCAUCAGCAUGGUCAAUAUUAUUAAACUCACUACAUUAAUUAGCUGUUAGGCUCAUUUCCCUGUAAGAAAACUUGAGAUUGUAGGACAUUUAACAUCCCUUUAUUAUAAGUUCACAAUAGCGAGAGCCAGCCGGUGAAAUUGGCCGGACAGAGUCUGAAGAUUAAUUCACUCUUGAACCAGCUGAGUGUAAUUUUGUAAAUGAAGACACAAGUUUCUUGAACCGUUUGACCCCAAUUUCUUCAACAUCUUAUGAUUUAAACUCAAGUGCUCUAGAGAGACUUGGCUACUCUGGAGAGUCUCUUCAUCCUCAUAUUUUAAAUAUUGAACAAUAUCUCCCCCUGGUGGCAGCCGGGGUGCAUUGGUAUACAUAAUGCAGUGACUAAAUCUAGAUUUUUAGUUGAAUUUGUUUUAAUCUUUUAAUCUUCAUUAUGUGAUUUUACCCCAUUUUAGUCCUUGAGUUAUUAUUAUGUGUUUUAUUGCCUCUUUAUGAAUUUACUUUCUGUUAUUGUUUGAUUUUAAGACUAUUUUAUUUAUUUAACUUUUAACGCUUUAUCACCUUUAUUAUAUUUUAUCAUAGUUUUAUCGCUUUAGUCCUAAAUCCAGUGUUGAAGUUGUAGAGUCCUCACCUGAUCUUUUGUGUAUGCAUCUGUGUGUCUGUGAGCGUGUGAGUGCUGUGUGAGUUGAAUGGGGGUUGUUAUUUGUAUUUUUAUUUAUUUUAUUUCAUUGUUUUUAAUAUCCUGCUUAAAUGGUCAACACUUUGUGCUUCAUUCUAUGUAUAAAAAGUGCUUUAAAUAAUAAUGUUUGAUUGAUUGAUUUCCCUGUAGAACCGAAUGCAUGAGAGCAUGAAGCUGUUUGACUCCAUUUGCAACAACAAGUGGUUCACCGAGACCUCCAUCAUCCUCUUCCUCAACAAGAAGGAUCUGUUUGAGGAGAAGAUCACCCGCAGCCCCCUCACCAUCUGCUUCCCAGAAUACACAGGUACACAGUGAGCUAUCAAACUGAAUACUUACGAACGAUAAAAGAGGUUGUAGCGACAGAGUGACUCACUCAUAAGUUUUCUUAAAACUUUUACUUCCCAGGAGCGAACAAAUUCGAUGAAGCAGCAAGCUACAUACAGACAAAGUUUGAGGACCUGAACAAGAAGAAGGACACAAAGGAGAUCUACACACACUUCACCUGCGCUACCGACACCAAGAACGUGCAGUUUGUGUUCGACGCUGUCACUGAUGUCAUUAUCAAGAAUAACCUGAAAGACUGUGGUCUAUUCUAAAGGUAGGAUGGAUUACAGGGAUAUCAGCAUAGUGUGAAUGUUAUCAGGCAGCCUUAGGGGAAAAUGACGAGUUAAUUAAUCACUGAAGUGGAAAUCCUUUCAAAGCCAAAACACUGAGAAUUAUCUGACAUACUUUUGUAAAUGCCUUUGAUUCUUCAAGUGCAGAUCGUGUUGAAAAUAGGAAAUUUAAGGGUCAGGAUGAACACUGUAACAAUCUUGUCUGACUUCGUUUGGCCACGAAAGGAAAUAAGAGCUAAGCAGGCAAAGAAUGAAUGUUUAUUGUUCUGAAAAAGAGAAAAUGUAUUUGUCCUUCAAUACUUAAAAGAUUUGUGAGGAGUUCUAGUUAAGGUAAUUUACAGUACAAAGCAGGAAUAGUUUUUGGUUUGACAUUUCCAGGACUAAGACACUUGAUGAGUGACAAGACUUUACAAAAGAAAAACCCACAAUGCUCACACACGUCCAGGACAAAAUAAACCAGAAGGGAGGCACUGUUCUGUCCACAGGGGGCGCCAAAGUUAAUCCAAACCAGAUGUUCCUCUGUUGAUGCUGGUUGCACAAACCUUUAAAGUGCUUGAUGUGGGCUCUCAGAUCAGAUCCUCACAAACAUUUACAGACAGAAACCAUUUUUUUUUAAAGUGGCCAGUCGAUUUACUUUUUCCUGUUUUCAUAUUCACAUUUACAAAAAUCAGUUUGGAAGGAGACUGUUGAGAACUGUUACAUUAUACAUUAAGUGUUCAUAUUUGCAUACUAUGACCAGACAAUGGUCUCAUAAUUUUUAGACUUAUUUUGUAAAUCAAAACCUCUAAAUUUUAAAUGCACUUGUAGAGGUGUUUACAGCUUCUUUUCAUGGUCUUUCUUCUGUUGUUGCAGGACGAUGCCUGAUGCACACAGACUGCAUGAGAGACUGCAACAGCCAUGUGAUGAUUACUGCUUUUCAUAAUGAAAACCAUAACAGACUUGACUCCUGAAGGGGGAAACCUAAAAGAACUUCAACUAUCACUGAUUUGCAACCAUCACAUUCUCUGCCGAUUGUGUUGUUUGUUUUCUUUUCUAUGUUCUUACUGCAGUGAACAGGGCUUCUCAUGAUAUCUACACCGACCACGUUUAGAUAGAUAUUUGAUCAAGGACCCCCUUUACUGGACAAAGAAUCUCUUUGUAACGUGUAUUAUAGAUAGUAACCAGCUGAUUUAAGUGGAAGAUGAGUGUUUGAAAGGCUGGAAUUACUUCAAAAAUAAGCCAUUAUCUUGUUAUGCCAUAUUAUAAAUGAAAAAUUAAAGCUACAUUUGGCAAUUUCUUAAACUGAAAAAGGAUCAAUUUGAAAGCAACUUGUUUAAAGUGUUUUUUGUAACCAAAUUUUUAUUCAAAUUGUAGUUUAAGUUUCUUUUUCGGUUUGUUUUCCAUUUUAAUUUUGAAAUUUAAAAGACAAUACAGUAUGUUAAAAAAAAAACCCUUUUGAUAAAAAAAAACACUCUUAUGUUGAGUUAGAAUUUGGCAUCCUCUGAACCUUUGGACUGCACAGAGCUUAUUUUUUUUAAGAAAAACAACCGUGCAUGAAGAACAAAGCUGGAUGUAAGGAAAACGUUCUUUUGUACAAUGUUUACACAGAAUCAAUAUUCACACUUGUACUAUAGUGCAUCGUUCUGCAUGACUACUGCUCCUAGAUUAGCUCGCACCCCCACAAACUGAACAACAUUCCUGAACUUCUGAAAAGAAAUGAAACAGAAACGGUUAUGUGUCACUUUAAAAAAAAAAAAAAUAUCUGCAAGUUUUUUAAGUGGUUUAGUCUGUUCCUAACUGGGAUUGUUCUGUACUCUUUGUUUCAUUCUGAGUCUUUUUACAUAUGUUUGUGCCUUGAUAUCUGUUUACACUUGUUCUUUAGACUCAUACUAUCUUCAUAGUGUGAAUUAGGGCUAUUUCUACUCCACCUCGGUUCACAUCACCCAUGAAUUCAGACACGCCAAACACAGAGACAUAUGGAUGGGACCUGUUCAAUGAUAAAAUGAGAUAAAUGUCAUUCACUUGUUAUAUGUAAAUAAAAGUUUCUCACCUUAUA